AUGUUGGUGUUUCAGGCAGUGCUGCGGAGAGCAUCACUGGACAUUACCCCCUUCACCUCCUGUCCAGGUAGGUUCAUGAAUAGACCAUUUAAAGCUGCAUGAGGUGUUAUUGGUCAGCUGAGAGCCUGCGGUCUGCUCAGGUGCUCAUUCUGUUAAUAAUUAAAAUGUUUCACUGAGGCAAACAGGCAAAUCAGUACAGAUAUGCUGCUAUGGAGGGUAAGAUGCAUGUAUACUACAUCAGUUGUUGGAGUCAGAGCUGUAUUAAGUCUGUAAAGAAUAGCUGUAGUGUAAAAUAUGUUUGCUGUUGAUAUUCACCGAUGGAUACAAGGCCUAACAGAAAUCACCUAAUGUCUCGACUCUUGUUUCUGUUUUGCAGAUCUUAGAGAUGGGGCUGCAGUGGCACCAAGGACAAGGUAGGAUGGAUUUUUCCUUUACUGAAAAUAAGAGGCCUGUAAUAACUGGAUGACUUCUUCUGCUACUUGUGAAGUUUGAUAGAAAAGGAGAAAUUCCAGUUUUUAAAAACAUCAACAAACACUCAAUCAGAAGUUAAUCGAUUAAUCAAUAGGAAGUGAUUUGGAGCCCAGGCAGUGACCCCCCCUUCAGAGUCAUCAUGUCUGUUUUUAAUGCAGUGAGUGAGUGUUGAGAUCCUUGAAGAUCAUAGAAAUCUUUUAGUGGUUUUUCACCUUGUCCCUUUUAAGAAGAGAUUUUAUCGGAUUUUCUGAAUCUUGUAAUGACAUUUUUCUCGAUAGAUGAUGAAAUCCCAAAAUUCUUUGCACGUAUGCAUUAGGGCACAUUUUUCUGGAGUUGCUGAACUAUUUGCUCACGCCGUCUCUAAAAGUGGUGAAAUUCUUACUCUCUGUUAUUGUGAGAGCUUCUCUUCAGGGCUGUUUUCAUGCUUCAUAUUAUUAGUAGCCUGUUGCAAAUUCACCUAAUUAAUUGAUAGAUGUUCCUCGGGAGUUUUUGAAGGAUCAUCUAUCAAGGUGUAUAUAUUUUGAUUCAACUGUGAAUUUGUAUGUUCCAACAUUUCACGUUGUCUUUGCACUUUUUUCAAUAGAAUACAGACUUGACGUAUCAGCAAAAUGGAAGCCAAUAGUGAUGCAUCACUUUGACAUUAAUAAGGCUGUGUUUAUGUUAUUUGCAUUGCUGGUUUAUGGCUAGGCACUUUUUUUCAACUGCUAAAUCUUACAUGUCAAGGCCAGUAUCUGGACAGAAAGAAUUCAUAAAAUUGAUGUUAUGGAAAGACUUUCUAAAGGAAAGAUUUUAGACCAAAUGGACUCAGUGUGUUAAACCUUCAAGGCCAGACUUGGUCUGCUUUAUCAGAAUAGAUAAGUGAGAAUUUAAUGCAAGUUCCCCCUAUUAUCUAGCCCCCUUUUAACUAAUUUGAACAAGUGUAACUCUAACUUAAAGAGAAAAUAUCUGGAAGACUUUAAUUGCAAAAAAGAUUAAUCAAGUGGGCAGCAUUCAUUUUUUUACUAUUUCUUGGUUAAAAUGUGAAUGAAUGCAUGCAAGGUUAUAACAACACAUGUUUGAUAUAUAUUAGAAACACUAUAUUAUCAUAUAGUAGUAUAAAUGUGAAAUGUGUAGUACUGACUGUAUGAGAAUAAAGAUAAUAGUAAUGUUGAUAGAAAAAACAUUUUUCAGUAUUGUUCAUGCUAAGGCCAGAGAUACAUAUACACUCACAAAUGACAAAAAGUUAAACUGAAUCGACUGCAUACAAACAAGCCCCCUUUUGCCAAAUCUAGCCUCAAAUCUACAAACGUGAUAUAUUUAACUGUAACCUGUGCAAAACGAACAGAACAUACAAGUUUGUGUUGGUAUGGUAACCAGCAGUAAUUUUAAAAUUCUACAUCGCACAUACAGUAUGUAGAAUUAAAAUUUUGUCUGUAUGGUUUGGAUGUUGUUUAAUGACUGAGCAUCAAAUUCAGUGCUCAAAGAAACUAGAGAAAUAACAAUUUCACCUUUUAUGACUUGAGUUCUGCACAAACCUAAAGAGAGGCACUUUUCAAUGAAACUCUAAGUUAUAAUUUUCAGGUAUGUCAGAAUUAUGCCACAGGUUUGAAAAAUCAUUAAAAGUUUAAGAAAAUAACUCAUAAACUGAAGGUGAUCGUUUCACUAUCUCACAGCUUUGUUUGAAGCUCUUACAAGGAGUAUUUUUAUGUUUAUAAAAUAGACUGAAAAUCAUAUUAAUGCUUUUACAAGAUGUCCGAUGGCAAAUAAGACCAUCAGUGACAAGAGUUUAGACCAUCAGUGUGAGGGGGUAGGUGUCAGCCAUGCAGCUGAUGAAGCAGCCCUGUUUUUACAGUCUAUUGAUAUAUUCUCAUUGAACUGAAGAUUUGACUUAAAACAGUCAGCAGGAUGUCAAAAUCAAUGCCAGAGCAUGUUCAGGACAAGGUUGUUUUGUCCAUAGAUGGCGCCAAAAUUAACACAGACCAAAGUUUCUCACAGGAGCUCUAGAUGGUUUAGAGUAAUGAAUUGGAUUGGUUAUUUUGAUGAUGAUGAUGAUGUUCCAGUUAGUUUUUUGUUUUGUGAGUCAUGCAGCUGCACUGCUAAACUUAGGAGGUUGUUGUGUAAAAAGACUUUGUGUCUGGUUAUGUGAGGCUUUGGUCAUUCAGGGUGAGAACAAGGGCACUGUGCUUUUGGUCUGGCUUGUGGCGAGUGGAGGUUUACUGCAAAGCCUCUUUAUAUCCCCUUAAAAGGGAUUAUAGUUCAGAGUUUUUUCCCUCCCCACAGACUUACCAAAGGGUUUACCAAGUGGAGUUCCCGCAAGGCAUUUACCGCAGAGGGUGGGAUUGUGUGAGUUUGAUGGAAGCAGAAAAUUAGAUUACUCACUCUCACUUUGCUCUGUUUCUGGUGUCAAAGACGAUCCUUGUGCAGCAGCUGUUCACGCCGUACAAAGCUGGUACCACCUCCAACCAUCACUGAGACUUGAAAUUCUGUUACUGCACAUUGAAGGGUUAUCUAAAUUUACUGCGAACACUAAGCAACACGUAACCACUAAAAAAAUACCUCCGUUUUUCACACAAAACCUGAUGUUUUUGCUAAAAUUAGUGGAUCUUUUCUAGAAAACAAUUUUGUGUCACAAAGACUCACUGACCUGCAUUUAGUGCAUUUAGUGCACUCAGUACAAUGUCCCUUUUAAUGUAUGCUGACACAGGCUGGUAAACAAAGGGUAACCUGAGUGUCUCCAUCUAUGUCCAUUGGUGUCUUGUUGGAGCAGCUGCGAUGAUGUGUCUCCUUUUCUUUAAAAACCUCAUUUUCUAUUUGCUUUGUGAUAAUACAGACAUAAAUAUCUCUGACAGCAGCUCUGUUGUCGAUGGAAAAUUUAAACUGGAUUUACAAGUAUCUUUAACCCAGUCAAACAGAGAUUGAAGCGUUUGUUCUUGAAGACUUUUAAGUGUCCUUACCAAGCAGCUAUAAACACAUCAAAUCCAGGUAUGGUGAGUCUUUUUUAGAUCAUUUUCAGUGGUAUGGAGUGGGACAGCCAUCCUUUAUUCUCCAAUAUGACCAAACAAGAAUCAGAAAAGAAGCUUUAUUAGGAAGAUAAUUCUAACUUUUUUAACAUGAGUAUGCCUUUUUCUUAAAAUGUGCUAAUCCUCUUGCAUCCUCUCAGUUAUACUGUCUGCUGACCCCUAUACCAAGUCCGAAAUGUUUCUGCCUUUUAAAAAAAAAUCUAUAUUAUUUACAAAAGACCUUUUGGCAGACCCCUGGCAAUUUUUGAAAAGUCAGAGUAUUAGGGUUACUAAUGCUGAAAAGACAUCUUAUUCUUGCUUGUUUGUGAAGUUAAAAUGAAUUUCAGGUAAACCCCUCUUGGUGAUUUGCUCCCCAGUACACAUCUUUGACUGUAAACUGAUGAAGUGGUUCAUUUUGGGAAGACUAUAAGUUUUGGAAAACCAGCAGCCAAAUAAGUUGAAAUAUCAGAGCUCUUUUGGAACAUCAUCUGCUGGUGCUACAGCUCUCUAAUGCAGGUGUGACUGUUGAGACUUUAUGAGAUCCCCUGGGCUUAAGACUCACGGCAACAGCAACAUCAGUGCCAACGCAUUGUAUUAAAUUUGGAAAAUCAUCCUGUUUAUAGUCACUUUGACUUGGGUGUGUUCUAUUGUCACUGGUACAUCAAGAAAAGCCAGACCCAGGAUCUAUUACAAACCCCUAUGAUGAGUCUACCUCUGGAUCUUAUCUAACAGAUUUGCUUAAUUUGAAUUCUUGCCCCUCAACAUACCUGCUAAAGCUUGUACUGGCUCUCUUAACAUGCACACAUGCUGCUUACUUACAUUGUCAUCCCUGGAAUAUAAGAAACUGGGAUAACUGAAGCACAAACAGUUGGGCCAGUAACAGACAGAGGGAGGCAGCCUGCAGUCAUGUGACUUAGCAACUAUUGUGAACUUCCUGGUAACCCGGGUACAACCUGAGAUGCCUCAUAUCAGCCUCCAUUAUGAGUGGAUACAUCUGCCACCUGAUUACUUAACACGGCUGCAGAUCAGGUUGCAGAUGACUGGUGAAUUAUUAAUCCCAUUAGAUUAGCAUGAAUUAGUGCGGAGCGUUUUGCUCUGAAGGAGAGAGGAACACUUUCACAGAAACAAACAGGUACGGAUGAAUUUUGCCUUUUUGAUCCAAGCUUUGUUGAUACUUGAAAACUCAUUUUGAAUAAUUAAUUUAUGCAAAGCAAUUUAUCUAAUUAGUUCUCUGUGUGUGACUGUGAGAGGCUUUUUAUGUCCCCUUACAGUUCAUUUUCUGACAGGAGAUUAUUUCUUUUGUAUUACUUAAAACUGAUAAACUGAUAUUAAGUUUCCUCUGACUUCAGUUUUUGAAAGCAAGCUGUUGCAGAUAAGUUUACUGGGUACUGGAUAUGAAUCCUUUUUAUGUUUAAAGUCCCAUUUAAUCUUCUGCUGCAAAUCUUUGUUAAAUUGCAUAAAUAUUUUAGAGAUGAUUUCUCAUGCAGCAGGUAGUUUUGUACAAAAGGUUGUCUGGAAAUAUGAUAUGUCUGUUGAAAAACUGUAUAUAAAGGCACAGUAUCUUGUCAACAGGUGACUGAUAAUGUUUCAAAAGCACAGUAUGGGACAGGUCAGACAUAUCGCAAAACAACCACAGUGCAAAUAGCGAGCAAGUAGGCUGUUUAAUGAAUAUGGCAGGUGUGUGCCGCAGUAUUUGCUGGCAGGUUAACAUGGGUGAUUAGCUUUACACAGCCAGUGAUGGAUUGUUAGACAUGAUAAAAUCAUACAUCUAGGCAAGGGUAUGUGGGCACUGACUUGUGCAGGGUGUCAUAAAGUUAAGGUCUCUCAAGGAGUUAAAAGGGUUUCGGCUGUCUUCCUGCAUGACAGUUUCCUCUGGGUUCAACAAAGUCUGCACAGUGUAUUUGCAUUAUCUGUUUCGGCUUUUUGGAGUUUCAGCCUAUGGAAAUUUCAACAACGUAAGAUAAGGACACCGUCCACUACCUGGUAACUCUUCUGUAACAGAGUUUUUUUUGUUUUUUUUUUACCAUGACUCACUGAUAACAAGUGCUUGACCGGUGCAUGUAGCUUUCUUAUCUAUGGCAUGCUUUUUACUGUGGAGAAGCUGCUUGUUUCUUGGGGUGCCAUCAUCUGGGUAAACACGAUAAAAUAGUUCUCUCUGUGUUCAAUACCAGAGGCCUAUGUCUGUCGCAUGCAGGAUGCAGCAAAAUUUACUGAAUGAAAAAAAAGUUUUUUUUAAGUGUGUCAUGCACUCUGAGUUUAAAGGUAUGUCUAAAGUCACUAUGUUCGGAUGUAUCAAAAGAAAAUGCAUCAUACUGAAAUGCAAAUAAAGCUUCUAGCAGACUGUACUGACACAGUCACAUUUUUUUUUCCCCCUUAGACUACAUCUGAAUAAAGUGGUAUCAUCUUACAUUCAGGCUUUAGGUAUAGUAUUAAGUGGAGCCAGCUGUGCAGUAUUCAACAUAAUAUUGUGUUUAUGAUAUAAGCUUUAAAAACUGAACAGCAUGACACUGUGACUAACUUCAAAAUCCACUCAUUUGUGAGACCGACAGCUUUCUGGUGAUCAACUCUGUGUGUUUCUGUGACACCCAGAGGCUUUUGUACCAGAGAGAAAACUUCAGUGUAUUUUCGGACAAUCCAGAGUAAAAAUCUGAGAUAAUGUGGAAUUUCUGCUUUUAGGCUAUGUCUGUGAUCAGCUGAUAUGUGAGGGCCAGAGCAGCCUGAGACACACUCAGCUCAAAUUAUUGAAAUCCAAAAUAUAGAACUGUUCUGAUGGAUUCUUCUUAGUCAGCUUAUUCUAGUGUUGUCAGAUCUAAGCUCUUUCUGCAUACUACUACUUUAGCGCUUCAUUUUAACACUUGACCAUUUUGUAUUUCAUUCGUCUGCAAAAAUUUCUCUUCAAAAUAAUUCAAACAUUAUUCUAUUCCAAAGUUUAAAAACAACUUACCUUGUUUUCAUAAAUGUGCCAGUUUUAUUUUUAUAGUUUUUAUUGCAACUGCUGAUUUGGUCCUCAAAGUCUAUUCCUAGAAAUUAACUUUGAAAAUGGGGCUGUCUUACUAUCAGGGUCCUCUAAUAGUCAGGUCAGUACAAUAACUCAUACCUCUGAUAAGUCUAAAAGCCAGUAAAAAUUAAGCAUUUGGGGAUGGGACCAGGGGUGGCCAAUCUGAUAUUAAGGGUGUCAGUGAUAUUUCUGCUUCUCUUGGACACUCCCCUGCAUCUCAGUAGGUGUUUUAGUGGCUAUCUUGUGUAAGUAUUGUGUAACUGUGUUAUAAAAACACACAUAUACUAAAGGUGCUUUAGCUGGUGCCCCUACCAUGUUUCCCCGAAGGACACAGUGAAGGAUAUCAGUCUGAUCUCAGUGCUUCAUAUUACAGCGUCCCCUCACAAAAGCAGUACAUCUAUCUAUUAUCUUUGCUAACACGUAACCUGCAUACACAACAAUUCAUAAAUCUGGUUCGCAUGCACCAAAAGGUUAAACAUCAUUCAUGUUUUCUCACAUCAGUUUUCUGAUCCCCUCCUGGAUAACGUCCCUCCCUCAGGGUCACUCACCCUCUCCAAUGCAUAACACAUUUAUGACGAGUGGAGCCGUCAUGAGAUCACACACAAACACUCCCCUCUAUCAUUGUUUAUCUGGAAUAUGCGGCAUUCUUUCUUCUCAAAAAAAACAGGACACAUUGUAUCCCCAUAUAUCAUGCUAUUCUGCCUCAGCCACCUUGACACUCCAUGGUUUGCAUCAUUGGUCAUAUUUUCAGCAUUUGAAGACUUAUAGGGUUUUUAGACCACUGUUGAUCAUAAGUCCUUUCAAUCGCCUUAUAAAUGCAAAUCACUUUAUAACACUCCUUACAUUAUGAUCAGUUUGUUAGAAGGUGUCAUGUGGGUUCACUUCUCAUUCAGGACAGCACUUGUCAAGUUAAUCUCUGUCCAAUCCAAUUGAUCCUGAGGAGAUUGCACUUCUUAGCGGCUGUGGCAAGGUCCCCGUGGAGAGGGCUUAUUCAGUAUCUGUGUGAAACGGCACUUGUUGCCCAUCCUCUUGAGGGAGCGAUUGCUGUAGCUAUUGGAGCCGGUGUAUUAUGAUCACAAGAGACUCUUUAGUUGUAUUUUUUCCCAGCCCCGAUGAAUCAGAAGAAAAUAACACUUGCUAUGUAAGUAGAGUGCUGUCGUCUCCACCUCCAGCUGUCUGCGCUGCUUUUUUGCUUUGAUUUCUUCAGUGUUAAACCUGUUAAGUGGUUCCCUUGGCACUUAUAGGCAUUUCACUGGGCUGAAUGGAAGGGCCUGUGGGAAUUAAUGUACUGCUCUGUGCUGUACAUGCACAUUUCCACAUGGGUCUCUUUUAAUUACCUGCUUCUUUAUGGUGGUAACUAAUUUCCCUGUAAUGUGUGAUCUGUUGUUGGGCUCAACAUGUUUAUUUCAUUUAAACCAUUUAGAACAUUUUCUCACUUACUGUUUAACUUCUAUCUACAGAGGUAACUUCAUUAAGACAUAUUUUCAUUGACUGGUUUUAAUCUCAGUAUUAAAACAUUUCAAUUUUUGUGUUUUUCUUUCAGGAGGUCAUUAUAUGGACUGUAUCCCUACAAGUCCAGCAUGAUUGGGAUGGAAAACUUAGAUGACCCAUCAGAUAACUGGGAUAUAGUGGAGACCAUCGGUAAAGGAACAUACGGCAAAGUCUACAGAGUGACCAACAAAAAGGACGGGAGUCAGGCUGCAGUGAAAGUGCUGGACCCGAUCAAUGUAAGUCACUGCAAAAGUUCAAGACCCCUACAUGGUACCUAAUUUGUUUUUCCAUGAGUAAUAGAAACCAUACAUGUCUGAUACAAUAUUUGUUUAUCGUACUGAUAGAUGUACAGAAAAAUACUGCCGCUGUGUUGACUUGUGAAGAGAUACUAUAGAUAACAAACAGCAGUAUCUCAUACUUUGCUCGACAGCUUGAUAACUAUAAUUUUAAAACUUCAAAAGCUAAUCUAACUUCAAUUGUGAAGGACCUGGCCCCAUUUUCUGCUAAAUUAACACAGUAAUUCCCAACUUUUUUGGCCUUUCACCCCAUAACUGGAGACUAAACCUCCUUCUUAUCUAUCAACAAGAGUUUGGGUGGUUUAGUUUUUGUCCAUGUUAAGAUAAUGGAUGAUAGAUUUUUAAGUUUUCAAGGCUAAAAAAUAAAAAAAAUGUAUAAAAAAACCCAUCAAGAAAUAUCCCUUGAACAAAGUGCAAAAAUAAGAAGUAGAUUCAAAUGUACAAUAACGUAAAGGCAGUAUUUGUAGCCAUGCUAGCUGCAUGGUAGUAAUGUCUAAUCCAUCAUUUAUGUCAAAAUAUGUCCAUUGCUUGAUGAGUUUUUAUGAAAUUUGAAACAGGUAUCAAAAACGCUUAAAGUAAACUUUGCAUUUUGUGCUUCACUCCAGAUAUUAGCAUCCUAAAAUGAUGAGCACAAGUAAGAUUUUACUUUAGUGGAGUUUUUAUCUUUAAAGCAACAUAGUGUAUAAAUAUUGUAUCACAGUUGUCUAUUCUCUAUCACAUUCAAAAUGUAAUGUUUUAACUCAAUACAUUUGCCAGCAGCCUCUUAAUAUAAACUUUAACAGUUAGUAAGCUGUAAAAAUAUUUACUGUUUUGGUGGCUUAGCGAUAUAUAUUUCUAACACUAACAUGUAUGUGUCUACCUGCACAGCAAGUUUCACUUUGUUUGUGAUGGAGGUGAAAUACCUCAGUGUCCGUCAUUUCUUAAACACAAAAACUCAUCAUACUGUGACAGGAAAAGAAAAUCAAACCCUGAACCCUUUGUUUUUUUCUUUAUAAUUAUGUGACUUGUCUCAGCAUACGAGCCAUACAAACAGAGUAAGUUGCCCAUACUUUUUCCUCUUCUACAUCUUCAUGCAGUUGUUUGCUCUAGUGAAAUAUUUCAACGUCUCCCCUCUUCAUUUAUUUCCUGUCAUGUUGAGUCGAACAAACCCUUUUGGAAAUAUGUAGCUCCUGUAUUGGCUUUUUUUCUCUCAGUGCAUUUGUUCAUUUGUCUGUCUGAUAAGGACACAGUAGACUCUACAUUGGCAUCGUAUUGCACUAGCAAGGCUUGGUCUGAAGCUGCCUGCGAUUGUGUCAAUGGAACAAUCCCCAUCCUGGCACUGCUAUCCACCAUGAUGCUUCCCUGAUGGCCAGGAAGAUGAAGCUGCCUCCUCUCUCAUCCUUCUCCCUGAUUAGACUGCUGACACUAUCACUCAGACAUCCAGGAAGAGAAAUUUUGCCUCUCUGACUGCAGCUCUUUCUUUCCCCUGAGAUUUACUUUGAUAGAAAAGCACUUCCAGAAAUAGUUUAGCACCCUGGCUGUCCCUUCCUUUGUUACAGAGUUUAUAACCCUGUCUUCGGGAGUCUAAUUAUAGCCGACCUAUUGCUCGGUUUUAUGCUGGAGUUUGAAUUAAAACACAACGUGAAAUAUUAAGGCAUAAAUAUGACUUUUAUUAUAUCGCACUAGUUUGUGCCCUCCACUGGCACAGCUACAUGUCCUAUUCACUUACUUGCAUUGGUUGUCUUUUUGAAGGAUGUGGAUGAGGAGAUCGAGGCCGAGUACAACAUCUUGAGGUCCCUGUCAAAUCAUCCAAAUGUAGUUAAGUUUUACGGCAUGUUCUACAAAUCAGACAACUUAUCAGGAGGACAGCUAUGGCUGGUGCUUGAGGUGAGCCUCUUUUGUCUUUGUAUUUGUGGAGUCUUGAAAUAUGAUUUACUGUUUUUCUUUUCUUCCUAGAGGCAUAUUUUCUCGCAUCCUAGACUCUGGAGUUUCAGAGUGAGCUACAAGUCAGUUUAAAUACUCUGCUUUGACAACAGUCCAACAUUACAGGGAAUGCUCUUAUUUAAGGUCUCACAAAAAUAUGAGUAACACAACCCAGCUCAGUUAACAUAGGGAAUAGAAACAGCUCAUUUUAUCCACUAAAACCCUUUCAUUUUAGUAUUUACAUGUAUUUUGUGUAGCCUUUCUUUACUUUCUGUUGUCUACACCAAGCUAAUUAUAUUUCUGCUUUUGAUGGUAAAUUUCGUCUCCUCCCACAACACUGAAGUUAGUAUUUAUUGUGUUUAAUCAUUAAAAGGUCCUGAUCUGAAGCUGCUAUGCUAAUACUUCUAGAUCUAGACUAGACUAUUCUAAAUCGACUCCUUAAAACACAUUUUUUGAUUUGUAAAUAAAUCAUUCUACUUGUGUUUAUGCAAGAAAGUGGAGGUUUCACUGCUUUUUUCACCUUAAGACCACAAAGACCAGGUUCUGAUCCAAAACCCCUGUUACCUCAGCUCUUAGAUGUUGAAUAGAUUAUCCUUGAUAGAAUAGAUUAGCAUUAAAACACAGUUUCAGAUCAGUGAAGUGCAAGAAACGGGCUGCUUCUUCACAUCCAGACCACAUGAGAUGAGAUCCCGACUCAGGACCACAAUACUUUGUAACACUUUAACAUGUGGAGUGAGGGUUUCACAUAUCCUAAACUGUGAAGUCAAUAGAUUCUCUUGGACAGUCUAAUCCAUAUCUGACAAAUCUUGGUGUUUUUGGAUCAGGACCUUUGUUUCAUAACCAUGCCUGAAACAGACAAAACGGAAGCUCCUUAAUUCAACGCUUACUUUAGCUGGAAAAACAAAGAGUAUUUUUGCUAAAAUGACAAUGGCAACCUAUUUUGCUGGCGUAUUGUCAAUCAUUUGAAAAGUCCUAGAUUAAUCCUUAUAGUUAGCGUGGUGUUGUGGGUAUUUAUAAUAGCUUUAAAACAGGGAGUAAUCUACCCGCAAAGCUAGCACAGCACUGAGAUGGCUGUAUCUACAUGUCAGUCUUGUUUCAGAGACUGGCUGCCUCUCUGUAACUUUGGCAAGGUGUUAUUAGAUGAGAAGGUAGAGUUUCAUUUCUCCAUUUUAGUUUAUUUCUUUGACUGGUGUAGAAACAUAUGAAUGAUAAUACUGUCAGUAUUAUGGUGUCAAACUCAAAGCACCUCAGGUAGAUCAGGUAGGUCAAUACCUCCCUCUAGAUCAAAAUCAAACAAGGUAAAAGAAAUGAUGGUGCAGGCGUGUGAAGAGGACGAAAAGAGAAAAGCUUUUAUCAGACCUGCAGAAUAAAUUCAGGGUGUUUUGCUGAGAACAAGUGUUUUGCUUGUCUCAGAAUUCAGCAGUUUGUGUGCAUGAGGCCAAAAAUGUUCAAAGCUCCUUCUGAUGCUUAAGUAGCAUGAAAGUGGGUCUCGAGAGUGUUAGGCAAACCACCUACAUAAAUGUUGAUGUUAUUGCUAUCAUGUGGGAUUCUGCAUUGCUUCCUCUUGCUUGUGUGUUUGUGUGGGCUUGCUUUCCACAUGAAUCAUAAUCUUGUGUGGUGAGUGAUGGACGAGUCACUCCAGUUUCUCUGUCUCCCACCCAGCUGUGCAACGGCGGCUCUGUCACAGAGCUCAUCAAAGGCCUGCUCAUCCGAGGCCAGCGUCUGCAGGAGCCCGUUAUCUCAUACAUCUUAUGCAGUGCCCUCUUGGUAAGACGGCCCGCUGCAAAGCUGCUAAUGUUAGAGGGGGAGGUGGGAUGCAAACACGCAGAGAGCGUGCUGAGGAUUUAUUUUCAGCAGGGUGGGUUGUGUCAGGCGGUAAUGAAUGUCUCUCGCUGAACAGCUGUGGGAGUUCAUUUCUGUAGACUGUACAGCUCAACUCUGACUGCAAUCUAUUCUUAUUUAUUCUUAUGACAAAUGAGAAAUAUUGAGAUUGAGAUUCAUUCUGACCACUUUGUGUUUUGUUGUCCUCUAACUUUAAAGGGUCUUCAGCAUUUGCACAACAACCGGAUUAUCCAUCGUGAUGUCAAAGGCAACAACAUCCUUCUGACAACUGAGGGAGGAGUCAAACUGGUUGACUUUGGUAAUAAUCUCUGAAAGAAGCUAUUUAACUUAUUCAAGGAUUUAAUAAACACAUGCAUUAAGGCCUGAUAAUCAUCUCUCAGUUUUAGUAAAGCGCAUUGCUUGGUAAAUUUGUUUUAUUUGACUUAUUUCAGGGAAGUGUCAGCAGCACACUCCCGCAGAACUGAUUGUGAGAGCGAACACAAGCACAAGAUAAACCAUUUUACGUGCUCCAACACUGUAGUCCUACACUCACCACAACAUCUUUUUAUUUCAUGGACCGUAGCCUUAACCCGAGGCUAUUAUUGCUCAUUUAAAUUGCGUUAUUUGAUCCUUUGCAUAUUAAAAGAAAGCUGUUAUGGCAAAUGACUUGGAGUCACCCCUAGGCAUGUUUAUGUCCUUUGUGUCAUGGAGAUGAAGUGGACUCAUGCUGAUAAAAAUCUGUCCUACAUAAUUUCAAAUGAUUAUAGCCCAUUAUUAUUACGGCUUGGCAGGUUGCCACACUACAUUAUAUGCUAGGUAUUUAUUGGUAGACUCUUUUAUAAAUUCUAUUUUUAUUCUUAUCAAAUUCAGACAAAUAAAAACUAAUCUUACUUAUGAAUUACAAGAUAUUAUUGAAUGUUAUUUUCAUAUUUUUAAGGUGUUUCAGCUCAACUCACCAGUGCACGGCUGCGGAGGAAUACAUCAGUUGGGACUCCGUUUUGGAUGGCACCUGAGGUCAGAGACUGUGCUGAAGUUACCACAAAUUUCCCACUUUAAUGGCCUCAUGUUUGAGUGUUUAAUGUGACAGUUUAUAAAUGUCAAAUGUGUUAAAUGUGCCACAGAGAAAUAAGGAGAGAGGCUCAGUUAUUCCUGUGUGACUCCCCCUUUUGUGAUUGUGUAUUCCCCUCCACGGGUGCCGCUCUGGAGGUCUCCUCAAGGUUAAUAGCUGGGAGUCUGAGGCCCCAACCGCUUACUCUUUGGCAGAAAUGAGGUGCAGUGAUUGGGCCGGUAGGGAGGGACCUCAGGGGCAAUUAGAAUAAACUCAGCUGUAAAAUGUGGUGUCAGUUAUAAUUAUUAACUGUGGAAAUGGGAGACUCACACCACUGGCAACUGAGGCAACCCACAUUUCAGUGUUUAAAUGGCCCAUAAAAGAGAUCUGUGUGUAACUCAGAUUUAAGGCUGAAAGAAAGCAAGCGCUAUAAUUAGGACGUAAAAUAUAGUUUAUGAUCAUUUUGGACCAAAUACCCUUAACAUACAGUAUACAGACAUAUAAAUGUAUGAAAACAGUACACUGCAUAUAAACAUAUAUAUACUUAAAUAAAUAUAAUUUUCAUACACACACAAACACACACUCACGUACAAAGAGAUUGGACAACUGAAGAGAGGCAGGAAAUGUAAAGAGGAGAGAUGGGUAAGAUAUGCAAUAGAGUCAUUGCUGGGAUCAAACCAGCAACCACAGCACAGCAAUAAGGGCUACAACCUCUAUAUGUAAAACGCUUACAUCGCUAGGUCACAGGUGCCCUGAUAUAUAAUUUCUUGCAGUUGUCAUUUAAAAAUGUGCUUGGUUCUUGAAAACUUGACCUUAGGUUCAGGAAAGGUCAUGUUCAAGUCACUUUACUGGCUGAUUUGUGUGUAAAAAAAAAACUGAAUCAUCAUGAAUCUGAAUAACAAUCUAAAUGAGUUCUCCAUAAGGUUAACACUGUGUUGUGUCACCAGGUCAUUGCCUGUGAACAGCAGUAUGACUACUCAUACGACGCCCGUUGUGAUGUGUGGUCACUUGGCAUCACAGCCAUCGAGCUGGCAGAUGGAGAUCCCCCGCUGGCUGAGAUGCAUCCGGUUAAAGCUCUCUUCAAGAUCCCACGGUGAGUCCACUAGAGGGCACUCCUACCACACAGCUGGGGGCUGCACUCACAAGGAAACACAGAUGAUGAUUCCCAUUAUGUUAGGGAAACAAAGGCAAACUGAAUUUGUCAGCAGAGGGUAAAAAUACCAACAAUGGAUUUCCUUGUAAAUUAAUAUUUUUUCAGGACAUGAAAUUUUUGAAGAGUGCAGUGAAAUUUCUGGUUUGAUUUAAGUGUUGAGUCAUUCUUGUGUUUUCAGUCUGAAAGGUUGAUCAAUCUUUUAAUCACCAAAAAAUCUGUUUGGCCUUGAAAUUAAUGCAGUGAUUCAAUCUGUAAAAAUAUUCACUGCUGGAGACAGUGCGUGUAUGUCUAAUGAUCAUUUGAGAGCUUAGUGGCUACACAGGGUUGACCUUUUGUUAUCGGCACAAUCACGCAAUUAUCUCUCAGUUAGGUGGAGAUAUGCCCUUCUGAUUGCAAUUUGCAUUGGUGAUUAGCUCCAUUCACAUUGAGAUGAGGCUGUCACCUCCUCCCCGUCACAAUGUUAUCUCCUCCCUGCCAAGGCAGAGGAGGAGGAACACGGAUGGCAGGAAUUAUGGAGCUAACGCAGCAUUUCAUCUGCACCAAAUUCAAACAGAAUUUAAAAUAAUUACAGGAGCGAGGCCAGAGUGCAAAAAUGAAUGCCACUAAUGUAGAGUGAGAUUUCACCCUGAAAUGCACUUUAUAACACGUCACCUUUCAGGUGGAGUAGAUGAGGCUAAAAGAUAGUCUGUUUGGUACAUUUAUAGAAGAGCAGCGUCAGACUACAAGAGUGGUUUCUGUCAAGUAGAGAGCACUUUACCUUAACAAAUAGCAGCCAUAAUAACAGAGGGCAUAUGCAUUUCUCUUAUCAAUGUCCAACCUUAUUUUAAUGGAGCUAAAAUCUCAGACUAUUUGUUUCUAACUGACAUUCCUCGAUCUCUUUUCCAAUCAAAAUCCAUAUUUCCCCUUUUGCUGGAAGUUAGGACUUGAAAAGCUCACGGUUGAAUCAAAGCAAAUGUGCUGAACCAUGAAAUGAUUCUGUUAACAUGUAAUUUAUCUCAAAUAUAUUUUCCCACCGCUGCUGUUUGGCAGGCAAAAAUCACCGGCAAAUGUGUAAUAAAUUAUGACUACAGAAUGAAUGAUUUCCCAAAUAGGGAAAUGUGUUUCACCUUUUGGUGUUUAGUGGCAGCAAAGGUGAUUCAUGAUGAAAUCAAAGAGAUUCAUCGUUGCAGGUUUCCAUGAUCACAAUGCUCAUGAUUUUUUUUUUUCUAUUUAACACCUCACAUACCACAAAAGCAGACACGCUUUUUCUGAGGGAUUGUCCUUGGGUUUUAUACGUUCUCUGAGACAAAUGCAAGCACUAAAACAUGCAAUAAGCAUUUUGAUCAUCCUGAUAUUUUACAGGUGCAUGCGUUAAUGUGUUUCCAAGCUAAAGGGUUCACUGUCAUGUUGUUAAUCUUGUGUGUUUCAUCCCACUUGUCAUUCCUCCUCCUCGCUGAAACACAUCUAGAUUGUAAACACAAACAGAUGACACUCAGUUUAUGAAAAAAAUAUGCGGCUCAUGUCACACAUUCACAGGCGUCAUGUUUUCAGCCCACUUCUAUGACAGCAACCCUUUUGUCCCUGCAGUUCCCUUUCUUUUCUUUGAAUACCAUUGCAAGUUUCCCUUUGUAAGGCUUAAGAUUGAACAGCUGCGGGUGAGAAUCAAAUAAACACUCAAUGCUAUCAGCUCUCUGCCCUCAGGGACCAGCAGCAGAUAGACAUUAUGUCACAGCUUUGGUUGUGCUGAAGAAAAAUCUGCAUGGGCGCAAAUCAUUCUCAUCACAGCAGGCUAUAAACGUUAGGAGGAGCUCUGAUAUCUGUCAGAGGGGACGCUGAUGAGCUCCAUGAAUUAGGGUCACCUUGGUGUGUGGUCUGUUUGUGCUUUAAAGACAUCUAAUAUUUCACGAGUUGUGACAUCAUGUGGCUCCAUGCAUAAGACCUCAAGUUAGAUCAUUCUCCAUUUUUCUGUAGCCUCAGUUGUGUUAAGUCAGAUCAAAGUCUUUAUUUAUUUGUUCAUUUUUUAUUUUUUAAAAUAACCCCAGCAUGAAUGACAGAUAUGAUGUCCAUGAUGAGCAUGGAUGAAGGUAAUGGAGCAUGUCAGAGGGCAAAGUUGUAAAAUCAUCAACUGCAAAAUUAAUUACAGACACUCAACACCAAGAUGGUCCGUGAUAUUUAAUACGCAGGAAGGUUAAUUGCUUGCAUCAGUGAUCUCAAUGCAUUUCAGGGACAGUGUCCAUGUAAAGUCAGAUCAAAGCCUGUGUUAAAUGUGUUGUAAAGGUUACGGGCAGAUGAAAAAGGAGUCCAAGGUUGUGUUUAUUCGUCCAGAUCCCUGUAGAUAUUAGCCACAUAUUUAACAGUGCAUAAAUCUGUAUGAGCAGGGUGGAAGUGAUUGAUGGCUUGUCAACAAAGACAACAAAGUCCCAGAGGGAGAAAUCCAGAUGAGUUUGCUGGUAAGAGACGGCUCAUCAUGGCAAAACUUGAGUUAAAGUCUGUGUAGCAGAAUCAUGGUGAGGGUUAUCAACACAAUUUGGUGUUCCUAAUCUGAAGAGCUGAAUAUUUAAAUUUAAGGUUAAAAGGACCUGAAGUUGCACCUUGCCUGUGUUGAACAAUAUUUGUCUUAAUUGUACAACACUGUUACUGAGUAAUCUGCAACCAUACAGACCAUGACAUGCAUAUGGUCUGCAGUGGAGCUGUUAUGUGCUCUUGUUGAGCAAGUAGACUGUCAAGUUCUGUUCAGCAUGUUGGAUGUUCACCAUCACAGUUCAGAGUGUUAGCAUGCUGACAUUUGAUGAUCAGCGCUGAAUUUAAACAGGAGCAGAGAUUGCUGGAGGUGUCAUAAACACUGCAGGUGAAGGAAACAGUUGAAACCAAAUUUUGAAAAAAAAAAAAAAAAAAAAUCUAUAUAAUAGAUUUUUGAAUAUAGUUUCAUUGUCGAACCUGUAGCUUGUGCAAAAAGAGCCUGAGUCUUCUGAGGGUGGAAAUGCUGUUUGGGUCACAGAGGGCGCAGGGUCACUUGUCAUGGCUGCAUAACUCACUAUUAGGGGAUAAGGGCACAGAUUUGUUUGUGUAUGUGUAGAGGAUGGUCCUUCACAUUAUCCUUUUCAUUCAGGCACAGGUUUCUUCUGUUUGUUUAAAACCGUAAUGAUCUUUCUACCACUCAUUAUGAGAACAACUGACUCAAAGGGUACUCUGUUCAAAGUGAAAUCAAAAUUUUAUAUUUGUUAUUUAUUGGAUAUUUAAGAGAAUGUAUAUGGUAGCUUUCAAAUGAGGGCUCCACCAGCUAAUUAACAAUGCUGAUAGAAGGGCUAGACUUACUCUAAGGCUAAUUAUUGAACAUGUGCAUUCAUAUGCUUUGCAUGUAUAUAUGGAUCCUUGUUUUUCUGGAAACUUCAAGCAGACUUAUUUCUCUGCAUUCCUUCAUUUAUCAGCUACAGCUGAACAAGUUACUUCUAAUUUGACAUUUUUGUGCAUCCAGUGAUUUUUUCUCUCAUAAAACAGCCUCUAAAAUUCAGCCAGCAUUAAGGAACCUUGUGUCUUUUGUUUUCAUCUAUCAAAGUUUAUAUUACAAAAGACUGACAUCAGCAUGGACCUUUUUAUUUUAGAUCUCCCAUCAUCAGGAUCUGGUGUAGUCUUGACCCCUUACAGGAGAUCAUUGUCUGGUUGGAUGAUUCUCCGAUCGUGAGUCUUCAUCUCUGAUGCUCUGAUGCUUUUGUUUAAGUGCUGUGCAGCAUUCAGCAAUGUGGCCAACAAAGAUUUGAUAUAUGGAGAAGCAUUUCUCCCUUUCCAUGCAUGUAUGCUCAAAGAAGUGCUGGUUCUGUGACUGCAGUGAUGGAUGAGUAAAAUUAAAAGCAGAGGGUCUGUUUGCCAAGUAGGUCUUUAUUUUGGACUCUUGCAGUUAUUCUCUGUUGAGGCUGCUGUGUUUCUACCUUUAGGAAAACUCUCACAUUGUUAUUGUUGUAACAGCGGUCAUGAAUUUUCAGUGCAGUUUUGAUUCAUUUGCUCAACCUCUAUUCUAAAUUAACAUCAUUAGCAUUACCCUCUUUAUUCGCCAAGAUUUCUUUUGAUUUAAGUUGACCACACGGCACGUUUCUAAGCAUGUGACCUCUGACAAUUCUGAUUUAAAUGUAGCAGUAAAGAAUUUCCUGUAUGAGAGGUUAAAUUUUUUAACUCCUACAGGAAAAAUGCAGGAUUAUAAAUUCUGCAUAAGAAGAAUUGUACUCGUAUAUUUCAGUUGGCCUGAUUUUUGUCUUCCUUCAUGGCUUAGUUACAGUCAUCAAGUGCUGUUGACACCUCUGAGAUUUUGCCUCAAUCCACUCUGAGGAGCAUCUGACAGUAAACGCUCAGCCUGGACCUAGAUUUGAAUAAGCCAUUUGUGUUUACAAUAUGAGCCAGCACUCUCACAAAUACUGAAAGAGAAAAAAAAAACUGAAUUUGCAAAGCACAAUGAGCACACUUGACAGUGUUAUCAGCCGUGCGCUGUGAUAUUGACUUUGUAAUGUAUAAGCAGUAUGGUACGACAUCAAGGCGAGAACGUGUCUUCAGGCUCAUAUUAGAGGUUGCAUUGAAGCAGUCAGUUACUGGCUUUGAUCUACACUUUAGAAAGGAUUGCCUGCCUGAAUCCUUAUCAAAGACUCGACUAAGUUAAGGCUGUGGAAAAUGACAGAUUUUUUUAACCCUGGCGCCCUCUCCCUCCCCCCCUAAAAAAAUGAUAUGUGUAAGAAAAAUGUCAAAAAUUCUGUCAUUUGCUGUGCAGCUCCAGCUACAUCUUGUUUGUUUGUGAUUAUCAAAAUACAACCAAUUUCAUUCUUAAAUUCAAAUUUUUGUGUCAUUUCCCUCUUUUACACCUGAAAUCUCAUUCUGCUGUCAUGUGACCGAACUAAUUACCAAGGUUCAUAAAUGCAGAGACCUGGUCUUUCCCUGUUUGCACGACAUUUACAAAAAGCUCACAGCUGUGAAGAUGACUGUUCUCAGGUCAGUAACGGCCUUGUCUUCUUAUCCAGACCUGCCUCCUGUCAUCGUUCUCACUUGAAAAGUAUUAGCCUUAUUAUAGAUGGCCUCCGUAAAUGCUGCUGACAGAGGUAUAACUAGCUCCCAUAACUUUUGGCUCCCAAUGGCAGAUGCUUGCUGCCAGACAGUGGAGGGGCUGUUGUCAUUUGUCACUUUUUUCCUCGGCUGCCACAGACCUGGACCCCAACCAGCUCAUCCUCUGACCAAAAAACUCUCACAGGAGUCUGACGGUCAUACUCAGCCUGCCAGAUCAGUCAGGCAGGAGACAAGCCCAAAGCUUUUGAAUUGUAAAUGAUGGUCAUGAUGGGAUUUGAAUGCUUUCUAUGAAGUCACUUUUUUGCUGACAUUUGUGUGUGUGUGAUUUUUGUUUCAGGAAUCCAUCACCUACAUUACGAAGUCCAGAGCAGUGGUGCAGGAGUUUUAGCCAUUUCAUCGGCCAGUAAGUGUCCUCUAAUGUCAGUCUGUCAACCUUUGUCCUCAGUCUGUACUAAUGCUCUUCUGAAAGGGUUUAUUUUCCUUAAGGUUGUUAAGUAGACAGCCAUACUGUAAUUCUCCAAAGAUCGCCUGACCUGGUGCAUUUUUUUCUUGACUCUGUUGUUUGCUUUGUUGAUGAAUAAAAACAGGAUAUCUCAGGUGCAGAUAUGAGGUAAAGUUUAAGAGUUUAGGGAUGGCGCUGGGGGAAAAAUGUGCAUUCUCAUUUACAGGGUUAUGCAAUUCAAUCCUAAAAUUCAUUUUAAUGCAGUGAGAUGAACUUAAUUGUUUUGCGUUAACUCUCACUCAGAUUCACAUCGCUUGCUUGGUAUCAUUAGAUAAAAAGCUAUACAGAAAAUUAACAAAAAAAUUAAGUAAAAGACAGUAAAAUAUACAGGGACACACUAAUUUUGAAAGCAGAUAUGUCUCUGCAUUACAGUAGGCGUGAAUGUUCAUUUAAACACUGUGGGAAGUGAAAUUGAUAUUUUACAGCUCAACUCUAUCAACCCCCUCGUCUUUCUCUUCAUCCACUUUCAUUUGUGUAAAUCUGCCAGGGAAGAACAAACUAAUUCAACUGAGUUAUCAGUUCUAUCUGAGGCCCAGAUAACUUAUCAUUUCCUCCACUGUGCAGAGCUAAUAAUGUGUGAGUGUGGGUGGGUGGGUGUGGGUGGGUGGGGGGAGGUCUUGUAAUGGUUGUUGAGAAUAUACAGCCUUAAUAUCACCACACAGAGGUGUGUGAGUCUGAACCAUAAUGAGAAAAUAAAAUUCAAUUUGUUCAGUGAACUAUUUGUGUAGGCUGGUUCCCGGCUAACAUUUAUAUUUGAGGUCAGCGUUGAAAUGCAAUAACUGAAAGGGAGUAAUUGAAAAAACAAACAGACCGUCUGCCUUUAAGGACUUUUUGUGUCUGUGGGGUUAUUGAUUAGUCAGGGCAGAGACGAGGCAUAUUACCUCACCAACACAGGUUGUUGUGAUGUUAGUUGUUAUCAUGUUUACCAGUGUAAUUGCAGUGGUUUUUAUUGGAUAUUUUUAGGAUUGCAGCUCUUUAAUUUUGGUUAAUGGAUUGUUUGAUAUCGUAUCAGGAAUAAUCUCCAUGAACAAAAGCCCAGAGGAGUUCAAUGUAGGGAGUCUUGACAAUGUUAUCAAGCUUUGCAGGCUGGUUGUCCAGCCUUUUCAGCCCUGUCAGGCCUGUAUGUGUGUGUGUGUGUGUGUGUGUGUGUGUGUGUGUGUGUGUGUGUGUGUGUGUGUGUGUGUGUGUGUGUGUGUGUGUGUGUGUGUGUGUGUGUGUGUGUGUGUGAGUGUGUGCAGGGGCAGCUGAGGUGGUAGGAAAGGGAGGGAUAUUUUCUAGGAUAAUAAAUCCAUCACCGGUGUCUGCACUUGUGCAGCCAAAGAACUGACUCCUGUGACAAAGUGGCUGCCGUUCAGCAUCCCAGCAGCACAGCCGUGCUAAUAGCAGCAACCUCUGCUUAAUGUCCUGGCGCUAAUGAAUUCAUAGAAUUAACUUUCAGCGCCGAACAAACUGAUAAAAGAAACAGAAAUUCACUUAGAUUAGGUAGUAGGAAUUAGAUUGGUGUUUUUCUCCUAUCUUUCCUCUGCUUGCAAUUGUUGGUUUGCACACACACACGCGCACACACACACACACACACACUCACACACACAUCAGAUGUUCAAAGCCUUUAGCUGAACAGGUAAUUGAACAAGACAAAUUUGGAUUAUUGAUGGAUGCAUCGCUGAGCUCAGGUGGGGAGUUCAAGCCUUCUUAUUUCAUAGUUUUGGUCUCACAAUUAAUCAAAACUGUCAGAAACAAAAGCAAAGUUUUCUUUUGGGUUUUCUCUGCUCUGCUGUCAGUAUUUUCUAGUUGUUAUAUCAAAGCAAACCGAUACCAGGACAGUAUCACAAAGAAACAUGGUCUGCUGGCAAACACUGAACCUGUCAGAUAGCACUGCUAUUGCAAGGCUUGUUGUGAAUCGGGGGCCAUGGUGAUCGUGAGCAUGUGAUACUCGGACAGAGAGGGACAGAUUAGUGACCCAGACAGAGAAACACAUGCUGCUGUGAGCAUCUAUCAGUACUGAUCCCAGAAUUCGCUGUCCACCAUGUUCAGGUGAUUGCAGUUUUUCCCAGGCUUUUUAAAUUAAUGUAUAGAUAUGAAAAUACAGAGUAACUUUGAGGCUUUGGUUUGUGUGGCGCCCAAUGUUUUCUUUCCAUUUUUCUGAUUGUUAGGUGUCUGAUAAAGGAUUUUGAGGCACGCCCGUCUGUGACCCACCUCCUGGAGCAUCCCUUCAUCAAGCAGGCCCACGGCAAAGAUGUGGCUCUCCAGCAGCAGUUGGCUGUUCUCAUUCAGGAGCAGCAAGAACUGGGCUGCAAAACCAGAACCAAGUGAGUAACCACCACCAGACUGACGUGAGUUUACGCCUUCAAACUGCUCUGACACAUUAAUGUUUUUUGAUGCUUCAUUUGUGAGCUGCCAUUGGUGAUUUCUGUUGCAGCAGCUCAGUAUUAACUUUGCAGUGAUAUCGUUCAUCCCCAGUAGGGGGCAGGGUCUCAUUUCCUUUCACUAGCUAUGGUGGAGAUGGUGAUGAGCCUCAGUAAUGGACAUUACAGUAUGUGAUUAAAGAGAAGUUAGGGGAGUGUGACUAAUUCAGAAGGAGUGAUCGUGCUGACUAACCUUAGAUUAAUAAAUGCCAUUUAGGCCAGUGGAUGUGCAAACCAUUCUUUAAGAGAGUCUUUAGCACAGAGUACAUCUCCACCCAUGUGAUCAAACUAAUGAUGGAGUAAAUAUUCCCUUAAAGUUUGAUUUACAUCUGAAAAAAGGGGAACAUUUCAACUCCACGCUCUCCGUUUAUGAGUGAAAUAAACAGGGCAGCCUCUGUAAAGGUUCCCUAUAAUCUAUAUGGAUAAAAGUGUAGAGACACUCAGGGACAGAGUGUGUUUUAUAAGAUUUUUUCCAAAAAUGUGUCAUAAUGAAUAACUCACAAAUACUCUCACUGCAAUGCAUGACAGAUCAGAAAGCCAGAAAGCUCUUAUUUACCAAGAAAUACUGACUAUGGCUGUGUUUAAUCUUCAUUAAAAAGGAGUUCGCUGAACCUGCCCUUGACAGAGAGUGUUGAUGUUAUGCCAGCUCUGUUUACUCCAGAGAGUGUGCAGAGUCUGAGCCUGAUCCCGAAUUCCUGUCCACAGUGAGAGUGGAUAAUGGGAUUAGGAGCUUGUAGGGCGAGAACUGGGCUUGCCUGGUUGAGUCUCUCAUGCCACAGAUCAGCACACAAUGACUCCAGAUAAGAAUAAAGACAUAGGGAACUUAAAAGUAGCCGCCGUAGGUGGAAUAGGGUGGUUUAGUUCAAAGAAGGACAGAGGUAGAGGCUAGAGGUCUUGAGUCCUCCUCUGAAGGGACAUGAUGAAGAAUUCUCACUUUAGAGAAACCACAAACAGGAUUGAAUAUGAGGCUUUAAUACUGUGGUUUUGCAUUUACACUAUAUUCAGAAUACAUAAUGAAAACAGAAGCAGAGCUCCUUACCUGAAGCUUGAAUAUUUUCAUCAUUUUAUGAUUGAUUAUUUAUCAUCAUAGAAUAUAGAUCUAUCUUGAGAAUGAGAUUUUAUUGUUCUGCAGUUUGAGGAUUGAGAAAGCCACCACAAGAAUUUUUCAAAAGCUUGAAUUUAUAAGGCCAUUUUUUUUUUCCUUUUACGUCCUUGUAGCAGCCAUGAAAGACCAAAACUCACAAUUUUUAAGUCCACCAGUCUGAGCUGCUCUCUUACUACCCUACUUUAUUUCAGUACUGCCAAGCCAGAUGCUUUUCUAUUUGAACAUCCCAAACUGUAAUCUUUAAAAGCAUUCUGUUAGUGUGAAAAGUCGUAACUUGUGCAAUUUUGGUGGACUAUUUUCAGCUGAGGUUCAUACACAAAAUAGCACUCAGGAAACUGAUGAAAUAUUAUCCAGUUGAAUAUUUAUGAUAAUAGGGGAGGCCUCUGCAUCACUCAGCUAAAACUGUAAUCUACAUCAAGUUUGCUCAGAUUUUCAUUUUCUUAAUGUUGUUUGAUAUUGAUUUUUUUUUCUUAAAGAGAAUUUUAUUGAUAUUUUGGUAUAUGAAAAAUAUUGUAAGAAAAAAUUAAUGCUCUUUUACAGUGUGACCCUGACUAUACCACAAAAAGUAUAUAUAAGAUAUUUGUUUACACACAUUCAACUGUAUAUGUAACCAAAACAUAUGUGAGAGGGUAGCUGAUGUUUGUCUGUAUUUAUCACGUACAGGGUCAGUGUUAGAGGAAAACUUGGCUAGUUUCACAUUGGAUCAUUGGAAGAGAUGGACGACUUUAAAUUUAAUAAUUUUGUGUCUUGGACAAAUUGAGUAAAAAUCUCUCCUAUCUAAACUUCCAUCCAAGUCACAUCAGUAAGUUGUGUUCCCAAUUCCUCUUAUUGUUGGUUUUCACAGAGGCCAAGGGCAACCAAUUUUUUUUUUAGUUUAGUAUCCCAGUGGACCUCUUGGAACCUUGUAUAGGUUCAAACUGAAGUCCAUAAGAGGUCUUGAAGGUUUUGAUGGAUAAAAAGGAUACUGAUCCAAAAAUGUGAAUCUGUGAAUAUCUAAAGAAAUGAGAGCAGGUAGUAGUAAACUUGAACAUUACUUCAUGGAAGGGUUCAAAAGGUUUCCAUAUAAACAAAUCAUUUAUGAUAGUGACUUCAUUUGCCCCCAAGUUCAAGGCCCUGUCUGUACUCAUCAAGAGAGAGGUUUGUGUAAUAGGAGCAUGAACUGAAAGCCCAGAUCCUGAAAAGGUUCAGAGUUUACCUAGAUACCGGUUCAGGCAGAGGAUGCAUUGAACCUUGCAUUUUAUCAUAACACUAUUUAUCCAAAGGCAAACAGUGUUUAUCAAAGAAAUGCUAGUAUAGGCGGAAUAAAUUUAAACCAAAUAAGCAUCACUCCUGAGCAUGGCAUGAUUUGUUUACCCACAGUUACUCUUAACAUUAAAUUAAAGUUCACUCAGCUUAAUUUUUUAUCCAUAAAUGUUUCAGAGAACCAAAAGAUUGACCAUCAGCUUAUUGGAAAACACGUUUACACUGCAUUUCUGGGCAAUAAUGCUUCCCUUUUUUAAGCUACAGCCAUGUAUUGUCAAUAAAAACUAGCAUUAAGUGAGCGUUUCAUAAGAAGUCAAAACAAAUGUUCAUGAUAAUCUGCUUUAAAAAACUGAUUCAACCUGAUCUAAGUGAAUAUAUUCAACCACAGGAAGGUCAGGUUGAUGUUAGUUCAGUUCUCAGUGGGAUUUAAUGAUAAUACCACAUGUGAGGACAGUCAUAAACCUUAUCAUUUCGAUUUGAUAGAAAUGGCUGAUUUUCAAAUGCACAGUGGAGCCAACAGAGCGUAUUUACUCACAUGUAUAGACUCAUAUAGCUGUAGCCACUCACAGGCGCAGCUCUUUUAUGCUCUCUUUCACACACUCUCUGCUGUCCCCUGAGGAUUUCCACAGUCCCUUAGAGCCAGCUGGCUCAGUGCUGACCUCUGCCCACUGGGGCUCAUUGGAGAGUGAUAGGUCAAAACACAGAUGAAGUGCAAUCUCAGCCUGUGAUAAUGGGAGAUGUGUCCCCUGGGAGAGCUCAAAGGGUUUCACACAAACCUUGGAAGUGACUGGGUCUUACAUCCACACAGUCAAACCACUGUUUCUCAUUGUGUGGUCACUUUACAGCUUUCUCAUGCAUUAUCAUGCCCUUGGCUUUUAUAUAGGCACGACCGGAUCAAUACUCGUAAAACCCUCAUAAUAGAGAGCUGUCCUGAUGAUGAUCUGGUAAAUCUGGAGUUCUUAGAUGAGGUAAGAUUUUAUAUGUUUAUCUCAUCAAGAAUCGAUCGCUGUAUGGUUCAGUGUUCUCGAAGCUUUAUGUGGUUUUUUUUUUUCUUUGCAGGAGAAAAUAAUCAGCCACCUCCAGAAGAGGUAUGAUGAGCUGCAGGUGUACACUUAUGUCGGUGAUAUCCUCAUUGCUCUCAAUCCUUUUCAGAAUCUCAGCAUCUACUCUCCUCAGGUUGGUUAUGGAGCAGUCACUUUCACUAUCACAGGUCUUUCUGAAUCACAAUGGCAGUAAUGAGUGAUUUAUCAUCAUGUAGACCACUGGCCUAAACCUGACCUACAUUUACAACAUUUAAAAUAAUAUGACCCUCACACACUCUUAAAUUAAGACAUCUUUCAUAUUUAGAAGUGAUAGAAGCAGGAAAACAAGUCCAUCAAGACUGAAGAGCUUUUUCAAAAACUUUAUGCAAAUGAAAAAGGUCCUAGAAAGUGCCUUUCAGUGAUUUUAUGAUCCUCUCACUCUUUUCUCCGACCCCUGAAAUUUCUUUGUUUUUCGCUAAAGGCAACAACAAACUGCAGAAUGCAAUUUGAUUAAAAUAUUUACGAGCUUUUCAAGAAUUUUUAAAACUUGAUCCCAAACUUAAUCCAUAAUCAGGUUAGGUGAGGUUUUGUUAAGAAUUUUGUUCCUGACCAAAUAUCGGCCAAAUUCAUGUCAUUCCCUUUAGCAUAAACUGAAGUUGUUUGUGUAUGUGUUUAGUAUUAACAAAUGUUAACAUGAUUAAAUGCUAAAUUAGAUCGGUGAAAAUUUGAAAUGAUGUGGUAAACACAAAAAUAAGACCAGGUUGAUGGUUUUAUCUGCACAGAUCUGAGCAUGUAUUGUGUACGCAUUUGUCUUUCCUCAGUUCUCUAAGCUGUACCAUGGUGUGAAGCGGGCUGACAACCCCCCACAUAUCUUUGCUACUGCAGAUGCAGCCUACCAAAGCAUGGUGGCAUUCUGCAAAGACCAGGUAUUCCUAGACAGAGAAGUAAUUUAAUGUGCUGCAAAUACAACCCUGUCAUAGCAAAACUUAAAAAAACAAGAGGUAAAUCAGAAAGAGAUUUAUUUAGUUACAACACAUUGAUGUAAGUUAGUUUAGUAAGGAAGAAUGCAUUUGAUAAGUAAUAUGUGAAUCUUUAUUGUGUGAUUGUCAGUAGGUGCUUUUGUCUCCUUUUGUUUCAGUGUAUCAUAAUCAGUGGGGAGAGCGGUGCGGGGAAAACAGAGAGCGCUCAUUUGAUCGUUCAACAUCUUACCUUCUUGGGAAAGGUAUCAUGGCAAUUUUCUAAUUCCGUCUCACUUAUUGAAAUACAUUAAUAUGUUUGCUUAAUAAACUUCCACAAGCUAUCAUAAAAUAUUAUUGUGGUUAAUUAAAGAAACAUAUACUGUUAUGAUACUUAAGGCAAACAAUCGGACUCUGCGAGAGAAGAUCCUGCAGGUGAACCCCCUUGUAGAGGCCUUUGGAAACGCCUGCACGGCUAUAAAUGACAACUCCAGCCGCUUUGGGAAAUACUUGGAGAUGAAGUUCACUCCCACUGGAGCUGUCAUCGGGGCCAAGAUAUCUGAAUACUUACUGGAGAAGUCGAGGGUCAUCAAACAGGCGACGUAGGUGCUGCUCACACAUGUUGUGAUUAUCGUUUCCUUGGUAACACCUCAAAUAAUCCUGUUUGUCUCUUUUCAGGGGGGAGAAAAACUUCCACAUAUUUUAUUACAUUUAUGCCGGACUUUACCAUCAAGACAAGCUGAAGACUUACAGACUCCCAGACAAGACUCCUCCCAGGUUAACAUAGCGGCUUGAUUUGGACAUAGUCAAAGUGAUUGUAGGCUAACACUGUGUUAAUUAACAUAAUGUUGAUCUGCAGGUACAUUGACAGUCAGCACUGCAAAGUGGUGCAAGACAUAGUCUCUGUGAAGCUUUACAAGGAGCAGUUUGAUGCAAUCCAGGAGGGCUUCAGAAACAUUGGCUUUACAGAAGAGGUACUUUAACUCUUGAUCAGAUAAUUAAUAUAGAAGAAAAUCUGCUUAAAGAGUGUUAAUUUUUGUUGUUUCUUUAUUCUCUGCAAAGGAAGUCAACUCUGUUUACAAGAUUCUCUCAGCCAUUUUGAACACUGGCAACAUUGAAUUUGCUUCCAUCACCUCUCAACACCAGACUGAUAAGAGUGAAGUGCCUAACUCAGAGGCCUUAGAGAACGGUGAGAGAUAUUAGUGCAGUGUGUGUUGUAAUACUCAGAAAUACUUCUCUUUAAGCCCAAGAAACAGGUAGCUCUAAUGGUCUCCCUGGGGAUUUUUUUAUUUGUGGUUUAGGUGAGAUUUUAAAAAAGCAGGCUAUUUUAUGUUUUAUUCCCUCUAUGGGUGAUGAUUUAAGGACUGCACGGUUGAGUGAAAUGCUCUCCAUCUCUGCGGGAGAAGGAUUUUUUUAAAGAAUAAAACCUUUAACAGACACAUUUUCUCAGGACUCUGCGUUGUAUUUUUUUAUUGUUCAUGUUUUUCUAUUAGUAACAAAGGGAAGUGCAUUUCAGGUGUCAGUAAGCUUUUGUUGGAACUUUAAUUCUGCAUACCAAAUGAGCUUUUCAGCCAUAUUUGGUGAACCAGAAAAAAGGGGGAAAAUUUCCACAAGCAGUGGAAGGUAUAAUAUAUACAAGCAGAGAUCUUCUUUCCAUUUACAUAACAAAUGUAAAGAAGCACAGACACCCAGAGUCAAAGAUUGUCUCUGCUUAUUUUUAUGCUAAUGAUAAAAACAGAUGAGCUCUUGAUUAUCACACUGAUUAACUGUCUCUUCUUUUCUCUCAGCUGCGUCUCUCCUCAGCAUCGGCCCAGAGGAGCUGCAGGAGGCACUGACCUCCCAGUGUGUGGUCACCAGGGGCGAGACCAUCAUCCGCACCAACACGGUGGACAAAGCCGUCGACGUCCGAGAUGCCAUGUCCAAGGCCUUGUACGGCCGCCUCUUCAGCUGGAUAGUCAACCGCAUCAACUCCCUGCUGCAACCUGACAUGAAUAUCUGGUGAGUGUGCACUGGUGACGAACAUCGGUGUGGACAUUUGCUGUUACUCUUUCUUCUUCAAUUAUAGUUUUUACCGAGCUCUGAUGACCUUUGUGGAAGUCUGUGGAGGUAGAUGCAAACAUGCAGAGGAGAAUAUCAAUGGGGAAGCACAAGACAAGCAAAAGAAGAGCGAAAAAAAAAAAGUUUUAAUAAAUUUUUGAUAGAGAGUUGCGUGCAGAGAAAAUAAUAUUCAGAUGAUUAAAAAGACUUCAGAGAGACUGCAAAGAGGCUGUUCAUUGAUCCGAAAGAAUUCCUUCAUAAAUAUGAGCGUUGACUGUCAAGGAGUUGUCUCUCAGAGAUGUACAAAAGCCAGAGUUCCUGUCUUGAGUCCAGUCAUCUCUGCUGUUUCCUUAUUGCCAUUAAUAACCCAGUAGCACAGACUAAAGGUGACCUCUGCAUACUGCGGGUUAUGACUGAUGAUGAGAAGUAGCAGGCAGCUUCAAGCUCCGAAUAUUAAACGCAGGGUGUUCAUGCUGUGUUGUAAAAACGAGAAUUGUUUGUGCAGAUAUUGAAAACAACUGGAGGUUAAAUCAAUAUAGGCUGAGAUAAAACUAUCCAAGCAGCUCAGACUUUUUGAAAGCUGAUGUUUUCUGUGGCAGUCCGGACCAGAUUCUGUUUUUGGGUUGAACUAGGAUUAUCAUUAAAGUUUUAUCAAUUAAUAUGGCUGCUUGGGAUUUGCUCAGCGCUCGUUCCGUAGAAGAAUAAGUUUGUUUGUCCCCUUUUUCCUCCUUUGAAGUGCCGCAGAGAGUGGCAUGAAUGUGGGAAUCCUGGACAUCUUUGGAUUUGAAAACUUCACAAAGAAUUCCUUUGAGCAACUGUGCAUCAACAUCGCAAACGAGCAGAUCCAGUUUUACUUCAACCAGCACAUAUUCGCCCUGGAACAGGUGGGUCUGACACAUGGCAGAGGGUUACUAACACUUCAUCAUGUUAACCAUGUCACUGUAAUUUACACGGAAUCAAUGCCUCUUCAAAAUGAGCCAUUAAAAAAUAAGGAAAAACAAAUUUCCCUUAAAGUAAAAGCAGUCCUCAUAUCAUUUUUAUGUUUUCAGUGCAGAAGAAGAUGCUCGGUUAAUUUGCUUUCAGCCCGGUUAUGAUGUGUGAGGAUUGUUGAUACUGUUGUGGAGCACUAAAUGAAUCUCUUAAUUGAUUUAAUGAAGUUGUUUACCCUGAAGUGAAAGCAGGCUUUAUUUUCCUUGAUGGAAACAGAUAGACAUUAAUCAAGAAGCAUUUUACCUUUUAGUCCAUGUUAACUUUGCAUCUGAAAGGGAAAAAAAUGAACCUGCUUUACAUUUAAAAAGCAUAAAUGAACAGAAGACACUGAAUAAAAUACAAGCACGAUCAACUAUUGAGACAGGAUUCAUACAUAGACUCGAAUAAUACCUCCUGCUUGUUCAUUUACAUUCUCCAGCACCCUCCACUAUGAGAGCUGUAAUUGAAAGCUACAUUUACCCCUUACAUAUUAAUUACAGUGCUAAUAAUUGGAAAUGAGGCCUUUAAGCCUGUUGAAAAGUUUCUCCCCCAUAAACAAGUGAGAGCUGCCCCUGAUGAAGAGCUGCAGCUUGGUAGAUAGGGAUUUUUAUGUGGUGUCGAUGUCUCGAGUCCCGCUGCACAAAAAGACUGAUUAUUCUGAGUUAAUGACUUAAACAUGAGGACGGUUUAGAUCCAUUGGUUACACUUUAUUAGUAAAAUAUAUAUUUAAAACAAGUUUUUGAUCUGAAAUUAAAUAGAUGCAAUAAUAUGAUUUGACUGUGGGUUAUUUGCAAAGUGAAAUAAAUUAUGAAUAAGUAAGUGGCUCUAUUUGUUAGUUCAGAGCUGCUCUGUUUUAUGAAUUCAGUAAAAAGACUCUAUUAUGCUGGAAACUUCACUCACAGACACACACAGCUGACUGCAGCUGUGUGUGUCUGUUGAUUAGGAGCUCUUUUCCCUACACACACAUACACACACAAAUCAUAUUUAGCCAAGAUUUUUUUAAUUGGGUCAUUUAGAGAAAUCAUGAACUAGAUUAUGCUGCUUUCACUGGUUUGAAUUAGUUGGAAUAUCAAAGCGAGGGAGUGGAUGCAAGCCUGGUGGAGUACGAAGACAACAGGCCCAUCCUGGACAUGUUCCUGCAGAAGCCCAUGGGUCUGCUGUCCCUGCUGGAUGAGGAGAGCCGCUUCCCUCAGGCCACUGACCAGACCUUAGUGGGUAAGACUCGAGCUGCUCUUUUGAAUCACACAGUCUGUUUACUUAAACAGCUUAACAAAUAUUUCCUCUCUUCAUUUCUUACCGUCCAGAUAAAUUUGAAGACAAUCUGCGCUGCAAGUACUUCUGGAUACCUAAACGUGUGGAGCUGUGUUUUGGGAUUCAGCAUUAUGCAGGAAAAGUAUGAAAUGAUAUAUUGUGAUGAUAAAUUGAGUGACUGGCUGCUUUUUUAGUGUCAUGAGAGGGUGAUACAGAAGUGUUUUAGACCCCUGAGAGGAGUUUAUGUCUGGUUAGGGAGCAGACUUAAAUGAACAGUGCUGUUUUUUAUGACCUACUAAAAGAAAAUAUGGACUGACAGUAUCUGUGUAGCAGUAUUUAAUGUCUCUGACCACUCUGUGGGGGUUGGUGCGCUGAAAGAAGAAUCUCUGCUUUUUUUCUUUUUCCACAGAAAAUAUUUACAGCCAAUGAUGAAUUUAAUAGAAAGCAAGACAAGAUUUUUGGACAGAUUGCAAAAAUUAAACACGGACAAAAUUAGCAAAGAUGUCAGAGGGACUGCUUUGUAGGAGGCGUUAAAAUUGAUAUGAGAGUUCCUCCUAGAGGCUGUAAGUUACUGGUUCUUGAUAAAUAAAUUAUCAUUAGUUUGGUUGAUGGGCUUUUUUAACAGAAUAGCAAAAUCAAAUAACAAAGGCGUGUAAGACAACAAAGAUUUUCCCCUCACAGCGUGUUUUAAAGCGGCUAUUCUGAGCACUCGCUGAACACAUGUUAAAGGCCUGUGUAUGAUGUUGAUCUAAUCAGCCUAUAUUAUAUUCUAGUGAAGGUCACUUGGGCUUUAUUUCCUGACCCUUUACUAGAGGGACACACUUAUGAGAUGAGCUGCUGUAAAUGUUAACUUUGUGCGUGUGUGCUUUGUGUUCUUAUGACAGGUUAUGUACAACGUGAAUGGAUUUUUAGAGAAGAACAGAGACACUCUUCCUGCGGACAUCGUUGUGGUCCUGAGAACAUCAGAGAACAAACUUCUGCAGCAGCUGUUCUCCAGCCCUUUAACCAAAACAGGUACACCAUCAUCUAGACCUUCAUGAAACACAGAGAGAUGCAGAACAUUUCAGCCUCCAACAGGCAGAUUAUAUUACAGCUAACCACAAUGGGAAUGGAAAUGGAAACUUUUCUUUUAGACAAACUAUUGUUAACAAUGCCAGGUUCUCACUGUAUUACUCUGUGAAUUGUGCUGGUGUCGACUGCUUCCAUAAAUGUUCAGGUAAGUGGGUUUCUUAAAGACGCGGCUCACAGGCAUCUCCUGGUCCCCCCUUCAUUUCAAGCCUCUGUGUGCCGUGCUUGGAUAAAUCUGCAGUCUCCAUUAUCUCUUGAGAGGCUCAGCUCUCUGCACGGCGCUCUGUUUUUAUUUUCACUAAGCUGUCCCUCUUGGUUUCCCACUGCUGAAUGCUAUCUACAGAUUGUGGGUGCAGUGGGAUAUUUUUAUGAUAAGGUUCCUAAAUACCCAGGGGAUGAAGAAACUGUAUUUAGAGAACACAAAAGCAACUCUUCCCACCUCUUUUCUGUUGGCUAAAUGAAGGUGGAGUAAUGUGCUCGUCAUUAGCUCCGGCUGAGGCCUCUUGGUCAACUGACUUAGCUGAAAUGCUAAUAGAUGUGUUAAAUUAUCUGAUUCCCACUUCCUACUUUAUUUCUGCUAAGCCACAUUAUGUGAUCCACAUCCUUUUGAGGGACCUGUAAAUGCUUGCUUUCAGUCCCAGUAGCAUUAAAAGAGGUUUCAAUUCACAAAAGACACCUUAGCCGAGAGUGGAGUAGAAGUAUGUGAAAUGUGUCUGUAAACUGCAACAGCAGGGCGAGCACCAGGGAGCCUUCAGCCACUUUGCUUCUACAAUUAACAGCUUUGAAGGAGUACUCUCUACACCACAGUUUCAUUGAGCUCUUUAUUUCACUGCGCAGAGGCCCUUAAUAGAUACUAUGAUGUGUUGUAAUGUUUACAGCUUUAGACUUAACGUUAUUUAGGUCUAAAAGCUUUUUUAUUUCCUGCAUUUCUGUCUGUUCUAACAGUCAGACUGCAGGGUGAAGUUAAUGUGCAGAUUUUGUUUCACAUGUUCUUGUUUUUUUUUAUCCUAAGUAGUGUUACCAAAGCUUGCAUGCCUGUUUGCAUGUUAAUUCAAAGGCAGAGUAACCCCAAUAUGCCGGUUGUAGACUCUGUUUUCUUUAAAGUUGGAGGUCAAAUUUUCUUAUUGCAAUUUGGUAAAACUGUAGAUCAUCUUGUUUGAUAAAAAACCAUGACACAGUGCACCCCCAGCUUAUCAUUCUAGUGAAGAUGAAGUGCUGUUUAAAGUGAGAUACAGUAUAGCAUAAGAAAAUUAUGGAUCUAUUCUCCAGGGUAGAAUUUGCGGGGGAUUUAAUUUGCAUUUUAUUUCACAUUAAAGAUUCACUGUUAUCUGUGAAAUUACCAUUAUCAGAGGGAAUCAGAUGGAAAUCUGUUUUACACCAGGGUGGCUUUACACUCUGGGUCGUCUGCUCACAGUGUCACCACUAGGGGACACCCUCGUAGACCUACAGCCUGACACUGUCACAGAGGUAAAAUAAUGGAUCUAGGAUGUGCUUGUUAACAAAUCAACUGUUACCAGAAACAAUUUCUUUUUAAUUAGACAAUCUGCAGAAUAAUGUUAUAGUUAAUUUAAAUAAAUCAUGCUCACAGUCUGCAUAAAUGAAACAUUUCCAUGGACGACACAUUCACCAAAAAAAAAAAGAAAAAACAGAUGUAAUGGUCUGAGUUUUUGUUGCAGUUCGGGUCUGAAGGAUACCAGGAAACCAAAGGCCCCAGAAAGUAAAAAGCUCCCAGGGCAGUGAAUAGCAAGGCCACUUGAGCCCUCAGAAUGUGGCUCCUUGAGGCUUGGACAUGUGGUGGUGUUUUGUCAGAGGAAAUGGGAUGUAUUUGCAUAGACAAAUUCAUCAGAGCCGGUGCCUUUCCCAGAUCAUGGGGAUCACCAUGUUUGAAUUGGCUUGGCUCAGUAUGGCCUGCCAGGGCCUGGGCAGCCUGCGAUCACAGUAUGGGUCUCUGCGGCUGUGUGGCUGCAGGGCUGUCUGGCCUUGCCUCUUGUAGCAAAGAACAUCUGCACACACACCACCUCCAGACCGCCAGUUCUUUGUGACGGAAAAAUGAAACAGGACUUCCAAAGUGGUGUCUGUUUCAUGAAGAUUUCACUGCGUUCAUUGUCUCUACAUAUUUAUGACCUUUUCUUUUUUUAUUCAAAAACCACAUUUAUCUUAAGGGGGGUUUAUCACUUUAUUAUAUUUGAUCAAUGAAGAGGGAAAAAUCACUGGUUUGAGAAGACUUGCACUGAAUUUUUGUGAUUUGUUUCCCAUUUUGAAUUUUCAGAGAGCACAGCAGCUGAAAAAUUCAGAGAAGACAAAAUUUAUGUAGAUUAUUUCACUGCAUCUUACACGAACCAGCUAUAACAUAAUGAAAACCUGGGUACUCUAAUGCAGUCCUCCAAACAUUUGUUUUUAUUCACAUGAUCAGACAUGAUCAGUAUUUAAUACUAAAGAGGUAAUGGGUGGUGGUGGUGUGCUAGAGAAUGUUAAAUUGACAUUUGUUUCUUAUAUUUUGUCUACUUCAUCAGCAAACAUGGAGGGAGGGUCAAAAUUUUAGGAACACCUUUCAAUACAAUGCAUAUUGAUGCAACACCUAUUUAAGCUUUGAUAAUUCAUUCAAGCAUCAGUUAUCACCAGUCUGACCAUGUCAGCAAACACUGACAGUGCUGAAGCAGAAUUUGAGGUAGAGCUGUUGUGUUGGGUUGCUGUAGACUACCUGUGUGUUCAUAAUGUUGAUGUCCAGGCUGCUGCAUGUAUGUAUGGAGAUACUGCUACCAUUUCUGUACCCCUCUAAUUAGGUUUAGGAGUUUCAGUAUUACUUGAAUGAAGGAUUUGAUUUCUUAAUAACUGUGUGCUAGUCCCCUUUUAAAUCUGUAUUAAGGUUAAUUGUACCACAAUGCAUCCAGUGAUAUUAGCCCUUAAGCUCCUCAGUGUCUUGGGCCCAGGAUGUUUUGUGAGGUUCAAAGUUUUUGGGUCUUUUAUCUUCAAAAAGUGCUGUUGUUGUGUUAAAUCUGAAAACCGUGUCAGUUAUUGUUCUCCUGUGAGAAGUCAGGGGUUAUAAGGUCAAGUCCUUCAUGUAUGGCGAGCAAUUUACAUCUUUUUUUAUCUUCACGUGGCGCCGCAGUAGCAGUCCUCCGAGUCUCCCUUCAUGUUCAGAGAUCCUCCUGUGUUGACGUGACAGGCUUCUCCCUGCGAUAUGACACAUUUGGCUCUUUGUUCUCCCCCAAUAGAAGUUUUUUCUUUUUUUAUCCCAGUGGGCAAACGGCACACUUUCUCCACUACACUUUCACUCUUACACUCUCUCUCUCCCAGAAGAGACACUCACUAAGUAAUACUUUUGUUCAGUUUCUCUCCUAAUCGCCGUAUUGGAGAAUGUUUUGAGUCAGCAGUGGGGUUUUUGACAGGGACCCGCACUUCAAUAGCAAGGAGCCUGCUCUCCUAAGUCACAUGGUACAACAUCCUUUGAUAAAUGCAACACUGUGUUGUGUCACUAAAAGCCAAUUACACCGUGCUUUUUAUGAUUGAUCUGCUCUGACAGUAGUGGAUGGCAUUUAAAUCAACAGCCCCCGGAGCCAUCUCUAGGCAUAAACGGUGGUGGUUAUGGAGGGGUGGGGUGGGUGGCGGGGGGUUAUGGGUGCUUUAAUCUCAUUUGCUUGGUUGCUGAGUUGAGUUUCUAGAUCACAUGUUUUUGAAAAAGAGAGCGGGAGAGCGGCAGAGAUAUCCAGCAAGCGUCUGCUCACUCAGCUCGGGGAAGGCUGCUCUCUCUUACAACUUUGAUUGUCCCCCGUGUCGACAGCUCGAUCCACAGCUUCUGAAGUACAAGGCGCACACUGGCACUCAUAAAAGCAUGUAGGGAGGUGUCAUAUUGAACGCAGGAUUGCUUUUUAAUCCCAAGCACAUUGACUAUUCUUGUCAAUAGAGCCCCAAUACAACUGCCAGCUUGAGCUUUUUUUUUCCUACAGGAUUCUUGCUGGGCUUAAUUUUCAAAGUGAACGCACAGAUGCCAAGGAAGGCUUUUUCUCCUCUGCCCCCCUCCUCCACUUCCCUUCCCCACACACUGCACUGCCUCUCUCUGUGUUUGUCCUGGAAGUCCAUGCCAAGAGCAACAUGCGUGAAGCAGAAACGAUCAGUGGGAAGCUCCUCCACCGCCUGUUUCACGAGACUGACUGACCUGAUGGGAAACAUUCCCCUAACCUGCUCUUCUCGGUUAAUUAUGAAUCUUUUUUAUCUGAAAACUCUUUUUCUUUGUUUUGUUUUCAUCAAAAAUCUAUUUGAGGGCGAUGUCAGAAGAAAAAAAUGGCCUCCAGCUGUAGCUAAAAAACACAUGUGGCCCUUUUCUUGAACUGACUUCACUGUCAAAGAACAAAUCUUGCUGCUCGACUCUGUGGUUUGAAUAAUUACAGCCCACAUCAUUAAACAUGUUCCCCACUGUAUCUAAAUUAGUGGGUCUUCUUUCAGGCCGGACAUCACAGGUGUUCCCUUGGUUUUAUGUCUCCGGAGGCAGAAAUCUUUGAGGAUACUGACUAUUAACCCGUGCUCUAAUCAUGUAGUCAGGAGGGGAUAUGAAACCCGCCAGAAGAAUGAAUUAAUACGACCCGCCAAGGAAUACACGGAGAAAAGCAGCGAGUGUCCAUUUGCAAGGCUUAGGUACAACUGUCAUAGUCUCUCUCAUCGCGGCGCAGCCCCUUCAUCUCCCCCUUGAUGGUGUCAUAGAAGUGAGAGGCGUGAAAGCACAGUGACACUCCACGAGCCCGUUCCACUCGCAGCUGCUAAUUCAUCAUGACAAAUGUGCUCAGAUGAUCUGGCCCAGCAGCGCUAAUGGGGAGAGGAGAGAGCGCACUUCAUUUGCACAAGACCCACUCCAAUUAAUCCAUCCAGCUUUACUUUGGGCUAAUUGGAGCGGGGCCCUCCCUGCCUGUGUGCUGCUAAUAUACCCGACACAGUUUAACAGCUCCUGUUCUCAAAGAUCAUACUUUUUUUGUGUGUGCUCAUUUCUUAUUUUGUUUACAUCGUGCCAAAGGGGCGUUGGAGGUUGUAAAAUCUAUGCUUGUGAUCCUAAACACACAAACCGGCUUGCAAACGCGUGUUCAUAAAGAGCAAUUAACUGCUCAUAUUUUAAUGUUAGCAUAUUUUCCACUUUCCUUUCUUCAGUUUCUAGUUCCCGAUUUAGACCCUGUGGAUCUUCCUCCAAAGACAUUUUCAACAAGAAUAAAAGUGCAUAUUUUAAUGUGACAAAAUAUCUGGAUUGGAGUGUUUUUACCAAGUGCUAAAUGUCUAAAUGGCAGUUUAAAUGAAAAGAUAAAUAAAUAAAAGUUAGCAGAUAACUGUCAAACGCAGCAUCCUCACUAGCUUAAAAGACGGUUUGAUUUCUUUUGAAGUGUUCUCCCAUCAUAUGUCCCAUCAUAUGUUUUGUGUGUGUGUGUGUGUGACUGUGUGUGUGUGUGUGUGUGUGUGUGUGUGUGUGUGUGCGUGCGUGCAUGCGUGUGUGUGUGUGUGUGUUUGCCCAUGAGACACCACAUUGCUUUGGCUCGCAGCAAAACCUUUGGCACAAGUGAGGCAUUCUUUGUCUAAAGUUAGAAGAGGCCUGGCUCCUAAUUAAUCCAUCAUAAAUUGAUUUUGAUCUCUCUCAGUACUUGAUUGAUGCUUCUAAUGCACGUUUGAUGGUUCAGAGUCCUCUAAAAAAAAAAAACAGUCACUGAUCCAGUGUUUGAGGUUUGGGUUUCUUGUCAGACUAUGUCCUUAGAAACUGACACGAGUUCUGAAAUUUUACAGCAGAAGCCGCCUUCAUAUUUGCAUUUUCAAAGUUCCUCUGCGUGCAGGAGAAAAUCUAGAACAAUUGUGGCCCUGUCACUUUGGCUUUAUCUUAAAAACUUACAAAGGUUUUCCUCCUUGCAGUACACGGCUGCUUGGGUAAUGCUGCCUCCUGUGUCUGCAGACGUAUUUUUCUAAAGGUGUGUGUGGCACAUCUGUGCAGCUAUUGUUUAUUCAUGGAGUAAACCCUUUGAAAUGUGUUAAGAUACUUCCCACUCAUUAUAAAAAUCCUGCCACCCAUGGAUUAGGACUUUGAUGUCACCAAUCCUGCUUCAAAGGCUUCUUUCACUGCUAUUAAUCACAGUUUAGCCUCUGAAGAUAUAGCCAGAGAAAACAUUUGGACAUCUUGUGCAGAAACUUUGAAAUGUUCAGACUGUCUUGCAUAUGCUAUGUUCAUAUUCUUUCCGCUGUGUGUGGGGCUGUUGGACUGCUGUGCACACAGCUGUACUCCUGAGUCCAUGGGAUUCAGCUCAGAUCCAGGCUUCUUAGCAGUCUAAUGCUGUGCUGCAGUAUGAAGACUUUUGUUACCGUAGUGCAUCUGCUCCUUUGUUUUCUGCAUCCAGUACAUUGCAUUGAAAGGUAGAGAAAAAGGAUUCACUGUGUCUCCAUGUUUGAAGGUUGAUCUUUUUUUUUUUUAAUCCCCUUCUCUUCACUCAGCUUUAAAAUCUUUCCCUCAGCAUCAAAUAUGCUUUUACAUAACUUUCUAUGAGUGGAGUUUAAUUGCUGAUACGAGUUUUGGUUUCAGCCCUUGUUGCAGCCUAAAAUUUGGCCAGUCAGUGCAGUGAUCUGGUUUCUCAACCUCUCAAAAAUAUCAGCAGAUGUUUGGUAUAUUAUCAAGAAACAAUAAGAUAUAUCAAAGCCCAUAUUAUUUCGAUGUCAAAAAUGGUGGUCAUGGUUUACAAAAGUUAGCUCUAUCAAACAACAAAGCUGUGGAGAUGAGGCCGUAGUCUUUCUACCUGGUAAUCAGCAUCAGUCUGUCAGUAAAAUUUGCCAUGCUUCUAGAUGUGCCUUACAGUGCAUGACUCUGGGCCCCCACCACCUACUCACCCACCCACUCAACCACCCCCCUGACAGUUGUAAGCUGUAAACAUAUUGCUGUAAAAAAAGGGGGAAUUUUAGUAUGAGCUCUGAUGUGGUUUCUUGCAGUUCCUCAAGUGGACACCUGAGGAACUGCAGUUUUUCGCACUUCUGCGUCUUCAUUUUAGAGGACCCCCAUGGUAGUGGAGUUCCAGAAGUGACAGCAGCCUUUGUGGACAGCCACUUACCAAACACAAAAUAUAUAUGUUUGCAGUUAGUCUGUCCUGUGCUACUAUAGAAACUUGGAGUUACAAGAUGGUGGCCUCUGUAGAUGUAGACCCGCUGUAAUGAAGAUAUGAUAGGCUUACAUUAAAUUAACAAAAUUAUUUUUCUGUCAGGUGAAAUUACACUCAUUAAAUCAUUCAGUUACUUACACUUGUAGUCUAUUUGUACCAAGUCUGUUUUACUAAGUGCCACUAAAUAUGCCACACUUUCCUGUUAAUCUGGCAAAAUGUCAACAAUCUGUUUUUCCAUUAAUAAUAUGUACCUUUUUUGACGCCUCUGUCAUUAAAAGAAUAUGAUGUAGUGCUCAAAGUCUCAUAAGUAGGAUUGAUAUUCUAUCCAUUAGUUAUCCUUAACCAAUACACAGCCUUUGUCAGCAUGGGUGCUUGUGUGUCAGACAUUUAAGUUUUAGGUAUGGGUUUCCCAAAGGAAGCAUUCUUGGACACAUGUCUUUUUGUUGCACAUGGCUCUUCUUGCAUUUUAAAGUUGUAGUACUUGUUUAUAAGGUCUUAACCUUGUUCCUUUAUAUAGUAAAAGUCUUUAGGCUAUUGCGUAAGACCAGUAAUUUUUGCUCUUUAAAUCUUCAUCUUGUUUGGCAUACAUGCAGAAGCAGUGGUGAAAGCAUUCUGUUUAUAUGCCCCCAAACUCUGGAGUUUACUGUUCCUCAAUAUCAAAAUGGCCCUUUUCUUAAUUCUAAUAGAAAAAAAAAAUCUAACUUUAGAACUGAUAUAAGUUUAAAGUCUUGGUCAAAGCUUUUAUCAUUUUCAAAGCCUUUUCUCUCUUAUCCAUUUUGUCUUUUUUGACCCUUAAAUUGUUUUAUUAAAUUUUUUCUGAAAUCAUUGUUUUUUAUUUGUUAUCUGUUGUCAUUAGUUACUGUUUUUGUUCUUAAUCUGUAUUUUUUUCCUACAUGUCGCACUAUUGAGCUUUGUGAUUGUAUGAAAGGAACAGAAAUAUGUUUUAAUUGAGUGAAGUACCAAGAAAUAAGAGAGAUAUUUUAAUAUCUCUGCUCAUGACAAAUUCAUGUUUGUGGUUCUGAACAGGGAAUCUUGCAACCUCCAGAGCCAGGGUCACGGCUGCCUCCAGAUCUCUGCCUCCUCAGCUCAGUUCAGGACGGACAAAGGUGAGAAUUCUGCUCCUUUUUGCAAAUCACCUGAGAACAAACAUAAUGUUUUUUAUGAGUAGCUCACAGGCAUUGCACCAUAAGAAACCUAGUAAAAACUUGUGCUGCGAAGCAUGGCCACAUUAAUUGACUACCACUGUUAUGUUUGCUGUCUUGCUUGUGGUGAUGCAGCAUCGCCAUCUGGCAUUUGGUAUCUACGGCAUAAAAGUUUUUAGGACUUACAAACUGUUGUUGUUGUGUUAAUGGGCAAUCUUGUAUUAUAAAAUUGUUUCUAGGUCCUUACAAAAAGGACAGCUUUCACAAACUUUGUGAGAGGCCAUGAUAGUUUUCUUCAGUACAAAAGCUCAUAUUCAUCAUAUUCAUAUUUAGGAUCUUUUUUUAAGGUUUUCUACAAACUUCUUUGCCGUAUAAAUGAACAGUAUCUUUUCUAAUAACAGUGGCUCUCUUAUUUUCUAACCUCUGCAUUCACUCUCCAAAAGUUUCUUUCACUGCAUCUAUUUUACUCAACUUAAAGGGUUAAUCAUAAUGUCUAUGAGAUAUAAAACUUAAAAUUAUUUUGCCCAUUUCAAAAAUAUAUUGGAUUGGUAAAACUGAAUAAAUUACAUUAUAAUCUAAAGUGGAAAAAAAUAACCCUUUAAAGGUGACUCUCUUGUCUAUCUACUUUUCUCCUCUUUUAUUUCCACGUCAUUUGCCAACAUUUGCUGUACUCAAAGUCACCCAAAUACCUUUUGAAGGUAAGCCUUGUUUGAAUUUUCAAAUUGUCUUUGAAAAUUCAUAAAAAUCAACUGGUUAGUGAAUAAUCUGAGUUAUACUUGUAUUUGAGCUGAUUUUCCACUAACUCUGAAUCCCGUGCAGCUCCUCUAAUCAAAACAUCAAUCGUUGUCUGGCUUUGGAAAAAUGUUAAUGUUUGAAUAUAAGCUGUUUUCUCACUCAGUCACAAAAGCCUCAAUGUAAACAAAUGCUCUUUGAUGCAUCUUUUCAGAUUAUGGAAUAACAUAAUGUGGGACUCAAUGCAGGCUUAAAUAACUGUGGAAAUGAUCUGUUCUACUUUCUUGAACUUCCCCUAAGCACCUACUCAGUUAUUCUCCUACAAGAAAGGCUGUCUUAAUAACAACUCUGUGUGAUUGAUGUAAUAUGUAUGCCGUCAUGUUCUCAAUCAGAGUUGGGGGAAAAGUUGACAGAAACUGACUAUCAUAAAAAGUUAGUAGUUGGACCAGAGUAAAGUAGUGUGAUGGUUGUUAGAAUAGUUAACUGUUUGUACUUUUUGUGAUCUGCGUUCAGGCUUGUGUCAAAGCAUUUGAUUCCUCCCUUCAUGUUUCUUGUAACUCAGAGAACAUUUGACUUACCUUUCCUUUUCUGCUCUGGGACAAAAUAAAAUUUUAAGGUAUGCACUUUUCUUCAUAGACUUCCUAUAAAAAAACCAUUGCAUCAUUAACUUUGAUGAAGCCAUGAACUGCGAGGGCCAUUAGAAAGCUCAUAUUGUGUCCUCGUUAAUCCGUCGUCGUCAGGAUGACUGUCUGCUUGGUGACGGCUAGUCUCAUUACUCAGAAUGCUCUGCAAUUUUCUCAUGCCCCUCAGCAGUGCAGAAUUAUUCUCUAGAUUGUUAGUUUUAAGUGUUUAUGGGGUUCUGUUUUACGGACGGCACAGUUAGUACAGCUGUGUAUCCCCGACUGGCCCAUUUAGAGAAAGGAGACCUGCUGUAAUAACACCUUUAUCUCCACUAAGCCCACAGAGUACGGCAGGUUGUGCAUAAACGGCAUCCCAUUGCAAUCUGCUGCCUUCACAGUUCUUUCUUUGGCUGGAGUCUGGUCUGCUCUUUAAUGCUGCUUGCUUAUUCAGUUUGUUUGUGCUCAGGUGGACACCAUGGAGAUGAUGCGCCACCCAGGAGAAACCACAAGCAUGAGGAGGCAGACUGUAGCCUCCUAUUUCCGUGUAGGUGUUUCCUCUUUUGCGCAUACCUGUCUACCUGUCUGACCACGACAAACUGUUUGAAUAUGAUCUUAACUUAUCUGUUCAACUUUGAUAUGAUAAUUUUAUUGCCAAAUUAUGACUUCAGUUCAGGUGCAUCUCAACAAUAUUUCAAGCAUUUUUAUGUUAAAAUUUAAGCUCAAAAGAAAAAAAAAACAUCUCUAAAAAUUCUAAUUAGAGUAAAAAAAAACAUAAUUUUUGGAAUCUAUGAAUUUAUAGUCAGGGACGUCCUUGUUUGGAACAGAAAACACAAACAUAACAUAAAAAACUCAUCAUAUUGGACUAGUUCAUAAAAGUGUUCUUUGGCUUAAUGUCAAAUUGCAGUAAAUAAGAAAAAGUUUAGAUUGACCAAGAGCUGUAUGUGGAAAAUGGUGUUCCUCUUUAAACAAAAAAUAGACUGAGGAGGCCAGCUCUCACUUUCAGAAGAACCCUGAUGAUGGUGCGUGUCAGGGAAAUAAAAUAGCACAUGGUUAAAAAUAAUGAAUGUAUGAAUUAUUGACCUUAGUUGCAUCUGUCAGUCUAGUUCAGUUUGUAUAACUACAAUCAUUGGGAGACUGCUGAGUUUGCAGUUGUCCAGAAGACAAUCACUGACACCCUCCACAAAGGUUAGCGACAGAGGGUCAAACGCUGGCCGUUUGCAGACUGCUGUAUAGAAGCAUAUGGAAAGUUGACUGGAAGGGAAAAGUGUGUCAAGAAAAAGUGCAGAAGGAAAAGGGAUGAUUGGGAAAGUUGUCAAGAAGAGCCUCACAAGGAGGUGGACUGAGGCUGGUGACAGCACAUCAAGAACCACCAUUCACAUCCAACUUUAGGAAAGGGAAUACAAACACACAGCAUUUCUAACUUCAAGCCACUCAUGAACCGGAAAUGUUAGAAGCGUCUUGUUUGGGCUGAGAAGAAAAAGGAGUAGACUGCUGGUCAGUGGUCCAGAUACCUCUUUCCAAAUCAAAGUCAAUUUUGCAGAGGCUUAGAGUCCAAGGCGUUUGAAGUCCAGUGUGAAGUUUUGGGGUGCCAUGUCAUCUGCUUUUGUGAGUCCACUGUAUUUUGUCAACCCAUCCAUUUACUUGGACAUUUUAAAGUACUUAAUGCUUCCAUCUGCUAAUAAGCUUCAUGACAAUGCAAAUUUACACUUAAGCACCUGCUCUCUGUGCCUAAACGACUACCGACUGGUUUACAGACCACUGAGGUCAGGCUGAUCAUCCUCAUGCUGCACUGCGCUGAUGCAGUAAUUUUACAAAAGGAGCUCCAACAGAGUAUUGAAAGUAAAAAUCAACACACUUUUCAGAAAUCUGGCAUUGUUGUGUUUUUUUAAAUGUCAUUUUUAUUGACUUUGAGAGCUCCUCAAUAAUCAGAGGUAAUGGAUUUCAAGUUUUUGUGAGCUGCAAGCCAUAAUCAUCAAAUAUAAAAGCAAAAUGGUUUAAAAUAUUUUACUUGACAUGUAAUAAACACAGAAUGUUUGAAGGUUAACCAAAAAAUACAAGAGGAAAAAAUGUCAAAAUCUUCUGAUUUGUUAAAAUGCACCUGAACAUAUAAAUGUCACCACCUUACUGUAGAAUCUAUCAAAAUAUGAACUCAAAUCAUCACAAUGUAUGAAACAAAGUGCUCAUAUAUUUAUUCAUGCUUCAAAUCCAGCUUUAAAGCUUUUUAAAAGAUCUAAAGGAAUAUGUCAGUAUUUUUGAAAUGGGGUUGUAUGAGUUACAUUUCAUAAGUGUACAAGCCACAGUGAAUGCCACCCAGUCCUGAACCUUAAUAAGAAACUGGUGGGGAAACCAGCAUGCAAACAGGGCUGCAGUUUUCUGUAGAUAGUGUCAAGUCUUGCAUUUACACUCUACUGAAUUAUUUUUGCCAUCAGAAAUUUGUUUUUGCAGUUUUUCCAUUAUGACUUGUGUCUAUAUUCAUGACAUGUAACACAAACAACCCUACUUUAAAAAUACUGACAUUUUUUUUAAAUAGUUUUCCUUUUUUAUUGUUUAAAUUUAAAAAGAUAAAGCAAUAGGUUUAUUGGCAGCUCCAAAAAUGUGAUGUAACCUGCUGUGUUUACCUCCUCUAACACCAAAGAAAAUUGCUGAAAUCCUCAAUAGAAAUAAUUUCUACUCUUCCUACCUCCACCAGCAGUUUUGGAUAUGCUGAUCUAAUUAAACCCUUUUAUUAUAAUAGUGAAUUUUUGAUUUAGUGAAAUCCCAAUUUCUUUGUUAUUAAUUCCAUCAGUGGAACAACAUCAUAGCUGACGAUGUUGCUUUUUGUCUGUAUUGUUUAAUCAGACAUAACUCUCACUUCCUGGUGAUUAAUGCUUGAAUAAAUCUCCGGUGCUUUCUCAGUAAUAAUUUGCUGCUCAUGAAACUCAACACUUCCUAAAGGUUUAUAAAAAGGAAAUGACUAUUUUUCAUGAGCCACUUCAGGGGUUGUAAUGUGAAAAACACUGAAGACAUGAUGAGUGUGCAUUGUCAGUAAAAUACUGUAAGUACAGGAUAACAGAGCUAUGUGCAGACUGGAACAGCUAAAGUAAAUAAACACUGAUUUUAAAUUUCCUGGGAGACAAAAUAAUCUUCAUAGAAGAACAAUCUGUGUUUCCUGGAUUGGACACGAGCAUUAGUUAGUACAUAUUAGAUAAAAAGUUUGAACUUUUCAUGGAUAAUAUUACAAAAUAAAAAAGUUACUCUGAGUGAAGUCAUGACAUGAUAACUGCUUACUGUGUUUCAGUCUGUCCCUGUGUUUAUAUUCUUGUAUAAUUGCAUGUGUGUGCAGUUUUCUCUCAUGGACCUGCUGUCUAAGAUGGUGGUGGGUAAGCCACACUUUGUGCGCUGCAUCAAACCCAACGAUGACAGGCAGGCGCUCCGCUUCUGUAAGGAGAGGGUGAUGGUACAGCUGCGCUACACGGGGAUCCUGGAGACUGUGAGCAUCAGACGGCAAGGCUACUCCCACCGCAUCCUGUUUGAAGAGUUUGUCAACAGGUAAGAGCUGCGUCCAGACACGCAGCACCCACACACAACAGCAGCACACACAUGCUGAGCACCAACACAACCCCAGAGAUAAGGCAGAACAAGUGAGUCGUGCUCUUCAUCACACAAAAACACGGGUUCUUUAAUUAGACAGGGGUACGAGUUGAGCAAAGCACAAGGCUGACUAAUUGGCAGUCAUUAGUGAUAGUGCUAGACUAAAUCCUACAGCUCUCUUAGCUGGGUGGAAACUCUAGUCUGGAAAAUGUGGACACAAUUCAAACAGGGAGGAACUGUGAUUAACAGGGGUGAUGCAUUUUAAUGGUUUUCUUUUUACUAUUCAUAAAGAGUUUGUUCUUAAACUUGGUGACCUGGAAAAGCUCAGAUGUGGUCUCUACAUGUCCCCUUGGAUUAGAUUAAAGCAAAAUUAAAUCAGGAUUUCAUCAUUAGGAGGACUUUAUGUAAGGAUGUUGUUUUUGUUUCUAAAAAUGUGGGACAGGAUAAGAUAAAUGUUAAUAAGUGUUACACACUUCUGUUCAAAUGUUGGACCACAAAUUUACAAAGUGUAGACCAACACAUCCCCAGCUCUGUUAGGGGAAAACACACAUACGCAGAGGAGUCUGUGGGAAAAUGCAAGGAAACUUAUGUUUGAUUAGUUCUCCUUUGAAAAAUACUCCAGCCACCUCUAAUGUGGAGACUUGAAGAUGAUAUAAAAUUUAAUUAAAUUUAGCUUGUGGCCUGUAGGAAGGAAAGCUUUAGAGACGACUGGUUAGUCUCACUGCUUUAGGCGAGAUUGAAAAAUUAUGCUUCAUUUUUGUGACCUAAAACUUUGGAUGACCACUUUUUAUUUUUUUUAUGUGAAUGUCCUAAAUUUUUAGAGUUUUACUAUCAUCAAACCGACAUAAACCUGACCUGUGAUUUUACUGUUUACUCCACAAUAGCUGUGCUCAAAGUGUGUGAAUGAGACGGAGUAUUAGCACUAAGACUACGUUUAAACCUCACUUUUGAAUCCAUAUCAUCCUACCUAAGCCAGGCAGAAGUCAUACAGACAGACCUGAACGGCUAAACUGCACCUUGAGUGAAAACUGAUUUAAAUUUGUGCUCUCAUAUCAAAGGCUCGUCUGAUGUUACCAAGCAGUGCUUUGUAUUUACCAUCAAAGAAAUAACAGGUAUCAACAGGAAUUAGAAUGAAAGGCUGUAGACCGAGGCGGGGAGGCGAGUUCAAAGAAGUUUUUCUUCUUCUUGUUGUUGUUCUUUUUUGACCAACUCCAGAACACAAGAGAUGAACCAGUCGUUUUGGAGCCUUGAUGUCCCUGAGCAAACAUUUAGAGCCACUUUGGUCAGAUGCUGGUAUUUUGUAAACUACAACAAGAGGAUCAGUGGACGGAUCCAGACAUUGUCAGCGAUAAACAUGCAGCGCAGAGCUGAUGAACACUGAUAGGCCCAGGCUGAUGGGCAUUUUCUGUGGCCACUGAAAUAAGAGACGAUGAUUCAUUCAAAAGGCCUCCAACAAAGAGCCUCUGUUGAAGACUCAUGUCUCAUUUUCCUGCUCAGACUUAGCAGGCCACCUUCCAGCUGUGGUGAUGUUUCCAGUAGUUAUGUGAUCAAAGAGUCUAGUCUCCCCUUUUGACUGUUGAAAAUAAAUCACCAAAUUAAUCGAUUCAACUUCUGUAACAACAAAUCAGAGCAAGGAUUGCCUCAUGACUCUCUACCUAUAAGGCAGCUUUAUCUGUAAUCCCUAUUUUUACACUGAAGCCAGCUGAGUUUCUUUACAGAGUAAUGGUGCUGAAUAAAAGGUGCUGAUAUAGGUAGGUAGGUAAGAGACUUCAAAACUCAAUAAAAUGACAAACGUGAAUGAUUUUGCCAAAACAAAAAAAUGUGACUUUAGUGAAAACGAGGGACCGUUAUGAGCAAUGCCAGACUCUAAGAUACUCAACAUUACUCCACUGUGAGCCAGCACUUGGUACAAAAAAACUUCCUUUAAUGGGCAGAAACCUCGAGUAGGACCGCACUCGCUGGCAGGCAGCCAUCUGCUGCAACGGGCCGGGCCAAGAAAUGAAACUGACGUUAGUAACUGAAAAUAGGGAGGGUUUUUUGUGUGGUUUUGUUGUUGAAUCCAACCCGAAUACUUGCAGAUUAUCUCCAUAAAAUCACCUUCAUACAGUUUUUUGUUGUUGUUGUUAUUUAUAGUUUAUAGAGCAGAUUGAUCUGAAAGAAUAUUUGAUACAUGUGGCCAAAAGAGUCACAUAAAAGUCGAGAUUUGAGUCGAUUCAGCUGUGAGAGGACGAGUCUAUGAAGAACUGUUGCUCCAUGACACAUGGUGACCAAGUUUAAUCAACACAGAACGGACUGUCUUAAGCCUGGCAGAGAUUUUUAAAGUACAUUUGCCUUUUUAAAGCUUUGGUGCUUCUUAAUUUACAGAAUUUAUGAGGUGCUGGUAGAUGAAUAUUAAAAAUAUUUUGGCAGAGGCAGGUUAGCCUUCCUCUCUAUUGCCAGUCUGUGUGUACUGAGUUAAGCUAGUAGGCAGCCUUUUUAAAUAUAAACAUUCAUAAAAAGACAGGUAUUUAUCUUCCUUAAUUAUUUUAUCAUAGUUUGGUGCAUUUAAAUGGCAUCAGGACUGGAUUUUUAAACCAGUUUUCCCAUUCAGUACAUGUAGAUUUAUGAAAGAUCAACAAAAAUUAGACCAUUCACACUUCAAAAGUCAUCCUGGAAUUGUAAACAGAUGACUUAAAAAAAAUAUAUUAAAUAAUUUCAAAGCUUUCAUUCUUUGAUCUAAUAAUUAUCUCAUUGUUUUACCUUUAUUUUCUCUGAUAGAUAUUACUACCUUGCAUUUCGGGCUCACAAGAUGCCUGAGACCAGCAAAGAGAACGCUGUUGCCAUUCUGAAGCGGGCCAAACUGGAAGGCUGGGUCCUGGGUACGACAAAGGUAAUCUGAAAGUAACACUGUGAAACAAAACAGAAAAGAAAUCUAUAAUUUUUUUAUUUUUUUUUAACCAUAAAGUUAAACUCAUACCAACAAUUUCUGUGUCAAAUGAAAAGGUCAGUCAACCUCUUUAAAUGGUAGAGCAGACACACAGAGACUUUCUAACCUGGCCUAAACAUGCUUUCAGGUUUUUCUCAAGUACUAUCAUGUGGAGCACCUGAACCUGCUGCUGAGGGAGGUGAUCGCUCGAGUGGUGGUAAUGCAGGCUUACACUAAAGGCUGGCUGGGUGCCCGUCGAUACCGAAAAGAAAAGGAGAAGAGAAACCGCAGCGCCGUCGUCAUCCAGUCAGGUAUACUGGUAUCAACUUUACAGCAUAAAAAAAAGACUCUUUAAUAAGUUAACAAUGCAAACACAUGUAAACUAAUGCAAAGGUACAGACUUGAUGUGAAUCUGACCACUGCCUCCUUAAUGACCUCUAAUCUAUUGUGUGCUUGUGAGUCUUCAUAAAAGAGAUGAGUUUGAUAACCACAGCUUGACCUACGUGGGUUAAGAGCAAUGCUUCAGAGCAGACAAUAAAACCACAGAGAGUUCAAAGGGAUCCAUCCCUCUGCCACCUGGUUUAGCAGUGUUUUGAAGUGGGAUCUUGUGUAGUAUGUGCAGUCUAUUUUGUUUCACAGAGGCAGGUCAGCAAUCUCUUGCACACAGACCUAGACUCUCUCACUCUCUCUCUCUCUCUCUCUCUCCCACACAUACACACACACACACACACACACAUACACACUGUCUCUUUCUCUCUCUGUAGCCUGGAGGGGCCAUGUUGCCCGGCAGAACCUCAAGCAAAUAAAAAAGGAGCGGGAAGAGGCCGCUAUUCGAAUUCAGUCAGGUAAAGAAAUGUUCACAUUUUUUCCUCUGAAGUUAUAUAUUCAAGUGCCGACCACUGGAAUUUCUCAUGUCGCCCCGUGUCCGGUGGAUAUAUGCACCACUUUUUUUUUAGCCUUUUUCAAAAGGAGAGGGGAGAAAGGCCUGAAAACCUUACAUCUUUGUGAAACACCUUUUUGAUCUUGAUGAGUGGCCCACGAAACAGUAAUAAUUAAUUAAUAAUGCAUAAAGAGAAGCUUUUGAAAGUUUGGGCAGCAUUUGGUCCCCAUGUUUCAGAAGAACAGUGCAUACUGAGAUCCUUUUUUCCUUUCAUCUCUUUCCCAGUAAAGGCAAGAGAGGGGCUUAUCCCUUCUGUUUCCUCACGACUUCCUCUCUCAAAUUCCUGGCCUAUUACACAGCUCUCACAUACCAGAAACAAGAUGCCUUUUUAUACUGUCAACCUUUUCAUCUGAAAUGUAAAUUAAUUCUUACUCAGUGUGCCUUGACGAAGAUCAAAGUGGGCACAUUAACCUUCCCGGGUCCCCCCCUCCCUCCCUCCUCCUCCCCCUCCUCCUUGGAGCCUCUCACUGGAGGACAGGGGAGGGUGCCAAAAGGGGCAGGAGAGAGGAGGGCAGGGGGAGGAGAUUUGGCAUUGUUUCCCCUGGCUCUCCUAUGGGCUGCCCUCAUCUGGCACACGGAGCAUCUCAGUCGCCUGCACACCUUGUGUAAAUGUCCUCCAUUAAACCCUUGUAAAUAACGCUGCAGAAUGGGUAAACAUGGUUCUGGUGUGAGGAAAGCCUCUCUGUGUAUGCUGUCUUUCUUUUUAGAGAAGUGUGUUUGUGUGUGGCCGCCGGGGUUCAGGAAGAGAGGUGGGUGGGGGGGCCCUGAACCUGACAUAAGUGGGGCCUCAGCCCCCCGGCGGAGCACUCCAGCACAUUCACAUUGUGUGUUCUCUGCAGCUUAUAGCCUUUGAGGUGGGCUGCAUUUGCAUUCUGAAAAUAAACAGAUGCCUUUCAAAUGUAUGAGCCUGGUGGCUUCUCAGAUCUCAGCAGGGCCUGGGGGACAUGCUCACCAUCGAUCAGAUUAGACCAUGCAAAAUAGAACCAUGGCUCAACAAUGUACUUGAGCUUUCUUUUCCUGCGCAUAUAAUUUUACAAGAAAAACACAAAGCCCGUUGACGGAGUAAGUCAGCAGGCUGCAUUUACCGUCCAUCUGAGCCCAGUAUGUCUCAAUAAUCACACAAUGUUUCCUCUCUGCUGCACCGCUCUCUUUAUAAAGAUGCCAAACACAUUUUCACUUCCCUCAAAGCAAAUAAAGUGUAAUUGUUAAAGGCUGUUUAAGGACUUCAAUUCUUUUGUAUUGCAAUCACAUUAAGUAACUGCCUCUCCAAACUACAGUAUAUGUUUGUUGUCUGAAUGGAAAUAGUUUUCUGUCCAUAUAAUAGGAUGUCUGACAUUCUUAUCCUGUGCAGUCUACAGAGGCCAUCGAGUGCGCCGGGACUGUGGACCCCAGAGGCACAGAUGUCACCCUGAGGCAGGAGGAAAGACCACCAAGGAGGAACAUACAGGGUGAGCUUUGACAUCUCUUGUCCUUCACUUUGAAAGAACACUUUCCUCCGGUUUGAUUUUCAUUUUUCCUCAAUAGCUUUCUUUGCACAGUUGAAAAAUUGCUCCAAAUAUGACCCAAACCACAAGAGCUAACUUCUAGAGCAUGCCCGUCACUCAUUUUGAGCCCUUCUGGACAUUUUUUCUCGCCCUGUUAUGUUCUGUUGUUGCAAGCAGGAGAGAGAGCUCCUCCCAAAGCACCACCUCUUUUGUUUUAUAAAUGUAAUAAAUAUCUUUCCACCAAGAUACCACACUUGUCUGACCACAAAUGGGGUUGGGCGCUGCACUGGUCUCCAGAUGUACAGGCUGAAGACUUUGUGUUUAUUCAGCAUAUGGGCAGGCCGGUCAUUAAGAAAGUAUGUGCAAAGCAGGAAAGCAGCCCCUGACUGAACGGCAGCACACGUGGUGGCUUUCAGCUCAGUUUUUUAGCUGCUCUUUGCACCACAGCUUGCACAAACUUUCAUCUCACAUAUUGAAACGUCUCUCCGUCAAAGUAUCCUGAAUGAUUUGUUUAUGUGCGGCAGGAUUAGAGGAGAGCACCAUUAGAUAAUAAUAAUGACAAAUAUGUUGAGUUGCAUCACACAGCAGUGCACGUCUCUCUCUCUCUGGAUUUCGCAUGUAUAAGAAAUCAAAAACCUUGGGUGACUUUUGGUCAAAGCUGAGCAUCUCUCUCCAGACUCAAACUCCAAAAUACUGGAUUUACACAUCAGAAAAUGUUAUGCUUGUUGUAUACUCGAACCGAGCGGAGCCCCAUCUGGGAUUUUUCUCUCGGUGUUUACAAUCAUAUUCCUUGGUGAGAAAAACUUCAAACCUCCACUUAACAAUUCUGUUUAAUCAGUGCUGGAAUCUCUCCAUAUAGAUUUAUUUUGACAUGAUCUGGCCCAUUUUCCUCCUGUAAGAUCUAUGUUCUCACCUACAUGCUGUUCUUUUCCCUUUUGAUAUCACUCCUCUCUGCCACGCAUGAAUACUGCGUUUGCAUCCAAACAGCAAGAGCCUCCAGUUGCAUCACAAAAUCCACGCUGGAAGAGAUUUUGUUUUUCGAGACUCAAAUACAUCACUACAACUGGCAUGCAGCAUUGUGUUUGCAGAUGCUGUCUCUUUUGGUAUUUGUUUUUUUAAUAAUUCAAAAGUGUGUGAUCACAAAGAACACUAUCUCUUUCUUGUUCUGCGCAAAUGGCGUUAUCAUAAAAACAGAGCUGUUUUACUAUGAAACGAGCAGGCAAAUACCUCUAUUAAUUCUCACUUAAAAAGACACCGAGGUUUCAUGUUGUUUUGAAAAUGCCUCUUACUUUUACAGGUCUAACAUCCCAAACAGCAAAGGAACAGACAAGGAUCACAAACACAGAGCAAAUGUAAGUAACAGAAUAUCAAUGAGCGUUUUCUAAUGCCUGACUGUAGACGUGUAUGUAAAAUGCAGCUCCUCUACAAAGCAGCUUUAACCCAGAUUAUUCUUUGGGAAUUUUUGUGAGUCCUUGAGACAAAAGAGUUCUCUUGCUCCAACCUCCAUCUCAGCGGAGAAGACAGGGUGGUACAGGGAACGAGAGAAUCAAAAGGCUGGAAAUUCACGGCUGAGAAUAAAUGCUCGCUCUUCCCUGAGGUGAUUUGUCUUUGCGCUCCUCUUUCUACAGAUGUUAGACCCCUUUUUUAGUAAAGACCUGAGGUUCUUUGGUAGCACUUUGAUAUCCUGCUCGGAUUCAAUAUGUGAAAUAGAAGAGCCACUCCGUGACUUGGAGCACAUCACAGUCUUUGAAGUCUGAUCCAAUUUUUGCUGCUCACCAUUUGAUGUUGAAAGGAUGAAAUGAGGAAAAUGUACAGUUUUUGCCAGUAACUCUGCUGAGCAUAUGUAAGAUUAAAAAAGCAAAAUCCUUUGGAGGAUGUACUUAGAAAUGUUAAGCAGAUUAAUACUUUCCUAUAGCUCUUUUAUUCAAAGAUAAAAUUAAAUAUGAGAGGAAGUCUGUAUGAGCUGUUUUUCAGCCUCACAAUUAAGUCAGUGUGGUGCUGUUUGCUAGGAGGUAGGGCUAGCAAAGGGGGAUAUGCAAUUGCAUUAGCAUUUGAUUAACAUUGCAAAGCACAUUAAUGGGUUUGAGUUAUAUGAGUGCCAAAUUGUAAAUUGUAAAUAAAUGAAUACAGCCUCGACAUGACUAAAUUGAAAAAAACACACAUUAAGGGGCUUGCUUUAACUUGUGUCUGUUUAUCAGCUGCUUUCAUUGACAUUGCUCUUCUGGCUGUGUUUUUUUUACGCCUCUUCUUUCAAGGUUGGGCCCGACAGCCGAGACAGACAACUGAAAGACAUCAAGAGAGACAAAGGCAGAGCAGAAGACAGUGUAACCAAGCCUCACAGGGAGACAGCUAGACUGCGAGACAUGCAGUGUAAACAAGGUAAGCCCGAGCACAGAGCUGGCGGGUGCAGGUAAUUACACAAAGAGACAGCAGAAAUCCCGCUUUAAUGGAUAAAGUGCCAUUUUUAAUACAGGGCCCCUUUCAACCUUUCAUCCCAGCCAAUCCUUUGCUGCCAUUCUUGGUUGACAGCAGAAAGAGAGGAGCAUUAUGGGUGAUCAUUUCUGAGGUAUUUUAAUAACCCAGGUCAGCUCAUCAUAAAUGUCUCGUGGCAAGUGGGGGGGCUUUUUCGAAGUGGCAUGAGCACUUCAAAGCUUUCGUUCUCCCGCGCAGCGAGUCCUUCACUAAGGAUCUCAUCAAUGACUCUAAUAGACCUGCACAGUAACGGUGACAAGAAAACACACAAACCCUGAUUUGUUGAACAUAUGUUUGGUUUGCUUUUUGCCCCAGGCGAUGAAUUACAUUAAUUCCUGCUGCCUUGAAGGCUGAGUGGGUGGCUGUGCAGGGGGUCUCUGAUUACGGCCGUCACCACUGAGGUAGCCUGGGUAAUGGGGGCCCGGCCCUUCAUUAAUGUUAUUAGAGGGGUAUGAGGUAGGAGACGGAGGUGAAAUAGCGUUUAGCGGCGCGGCUGAGAGAUUACGGGGAUUAGACAUGAUAAUGUAACACAGACAGGGCUCUCUAGCGAGCCCGGGAUUAGUGUCAGCACGCCACAGCAGGUCUGGGUUAGAUAGCGGCUAAUUCGGUAAUGCUGCAUACAGGUGACCCUCGCUCCCAGGCAUCACUGCUGCUGAAGGGAGGCAGUGUUUGAUGAAUUCAUAAUGUCUGGGUGAUUUUGGAGAGAAAUGCUGCAGUCAAUGUCAGUUUGAGGGUUUUGUUACCCAAACAAUUAUUUGUUUUCCUUCAAAGCUGACAGUUAUUUUUAUCACAGAGUUACUUUUUUAAUGCGAAACCCAGAUACUCUGAAGGGUUAGCGAAAGCCCCCCACCCCCCACCCCAGACUCCUUUAACUCAAACGUAGUUUAAUUGAUUUAAUUGCAAUAGCAUUGCAAUAUAUCUUACUUUGGAUUGUAUAGCACCAAUCACUACUGUUUUUGGUUAACAACCCCUUAGAGCUCUUUUCAGUCUGAAAUAAACUGAUGUUGACUAUGAUGUCUCUUUGUGUCUUAAAACAGUAAAUUAGACCAUUAGCCUAAAGACUGACUAUCGCUGUUACAUUAUUUUUAAUGCCUGAAACCCUGCAGAAACAGCCUUUCCUUACAUUUUCCACAGCAAAGACUCUCACAGCUGAUUCAAUAAAAAGAAAGUAGGAUAAGGCCACCAUCUUUAUCUGCCAUGUCUCAGUAAGCGAUCAUACAGGAUGCAUCAAAUUUGUAUUGACUGGAGAUUUUGAUCAUAAAAACUUGACAAACUGAGUGUGAUACUCAUGAACCCCAAGGCUUUUUGUCCUCAAAAGCCACCAUUGCUUCAGCAACAAGAGAGGUGAGGGAAUGUAUUAACCUCAAAUCAAACUGCUGGACAUCACUGUAUAUUCCUGUUUCUCACACCUUGAGGUUUUCAGCAAUGUCCACUAAAGGCUCAUUCUUAAUUAUGGUUUUAAUGUGAAAAUAAGGAUGUGUUGUUUAUUUGUUCAACUUGAAAGAUUUCUACAGCCAUAGAGUAUUUUGACAAGAACCAUGUCUAAAAUGCAGAAAAAGCCAAAGUGGUUUGCUCUCCUAGAUAUACUUUGGUUUAAAUAAAGUGGAACAUUUUUUAUGUUUGUAGUAGUUAUCUGAUACAGGUCCAACUUUCUUUACAAGGAGGGGAUUUUAUGCAGCUGUCAGUUAUCUCUGGUGUCACAGGCAGGUUAGACUUAAAUGGUGGGAAACGCAAACUUAAACUUACUUUAAAUGGUUUGUUUAUCAUAUUAAGAUCAUUUAUUCAGUAAGUCAAACUCUCAUACCAAUACUUAUUGUAGGUGCAUGAAUUUGUCAGUCUCUCUUGGAAGAUAAUCCUGAGGUGGCUGAAUAAAAUUUUAGAGAUUUGACAGGAAAGUGUGGAAUAUUAAUCAAUUUUUCAAAUUUUAGAGCCUAUAUUGUGAAUCAUUCCUUUUUACUCACAGUUCAGCAUGCUGCAACUUCUUUUGUCAGUUGUUUCAUCAAUAACAACUGACCAUUUGUUCAGCAGGGUCAGCCUCCAUAUCCUGCAGGAACACUUAGGGUAAGUGGGUCUAACAGAGGCUACUUUCGUGCUCUGGCAGUGCUCCCCCUUGUUUACGAUGCUGUGCCAGAAAUUCACAUAACUUUUUCCUUUUUUAAAUAGUAACGUAUCUGAUUCCAAACAUAGAGACACAAAGAAUGCAACAAACUCCUAUCAUGCAUCUGUGUUUGCACGAAGGAGAGUUAGCUAAAGUGAUGAGCAUUUGUACACCGCCUCUCUCUGUUUUUAAGGUUUUUUUGUGAGUCAGCUCAAUUGUGUGAUGAAACUUGCAGAAAAGUUGCUCUUUGAUUUAUCAAAGUUGUUCUAUUGUUGUUCUACCCUAAACCCUUGCUCCAAACUUUACACUUAGUCGGGUUUCCUAAUUUUUUCAUAGACUAUGACGUCUCAGUUGGCCUCUUCACAGUAGCUGGGACACUUGAGCCCUGCCUGAGCUGAAAACAGUUCAAAUACUGACAGGUUGACUGGAGUUGUAGAGGCCAAUACAGGAUUGAGAGCCUGAGUGUUUAUUUGAUUAUGUCGCUCAGGCACUGUGAAAAACAGCGACAUUGAUAUUCUGAGUUUUACAGCUGAUUCUAUUUUUAUUGCCAAAUUCAGUGAUUCUAUCCGUGUUUUCAGCCCCAGGCUCUGUGGAGCCUCAAGCACAUGUGACAUUUCAGUUUUAUUCCUUUUAAGCGUCCUGACAUAAAUUUCCUCAUUUUCCACGGGCCUUACUGUCACUCCACUUACCACACAGAUUCUCAGGUAUUCAUCUUUGCCUCUUUUUCCUGCCUGGUUUAUGUUCCAAAGUCUGCUCAUGGCUCCAACAUCUUUCAGGAAACCCCAUUUGAAUUUGUUGAAGGAGGCCAUGGUAGCUCAGGCACCCAGGGCACACUUUGAUCCCUGCAGAUCUGAGGGCCUUUUUUUCCCUCCUAGGUUGAGCGAGUGGUGGAAGCCUUGCCCUGCCAGAUGUUUGGAGACCAGGCUCCUUCCUGUGUCUCAUCCUGCUGUCGCCUCUGGUGAUCGCAUCGCUUUCUCUCGAGCUGGGGCUCGACCUGGAGUGUUUCAGGACACCGGCAGAGAAAAAAAAACAGAAAAUUAGCCGUGGAAAUCAGAUUACCCCACCCCUCCAGAACCUUACACACACUCUUGCACCCUGCUCCCAUUAAUGCCGAAACACUGGGGCAUGACCUGGAACCCCUCGACUGGUUUGACGGACGUUGGGUCUUUUCUGUGAUUUUACAAAGCCCUAUGUUGGAAGUUGACACACUUGCCCAUUUGUGCUCUUAUGUGAAACAAAGCAGGUGGAUGAUGUAGAUAAAUGUCUGUUUCACUGCAUAAGUGACACCAUCAUGGACAACUGUUCCCCUGCUUUAUCCACAUCCACGGUGUUGCAUUUUUUAGUGGAAAGAAAUCAUUGAAGCACUUUUUAAAAGACUCCAGGCGCUCUCAGAUGCCUUCAGCUUCAACCUUUGAUUCCUUACUUUUUUUUCCGGUUAAAAACUUACAAAUAGGUUGUGUUGUCAUCUAAGCUGUGCAUUCAGCACGUAGCCACCUCUCGUCACCUGUCUCCCGAGCCUGAAUAUUAACACAACAUGUUUGGAAAUGAGUCAUAGAGACGUGCGUAGAAAGAAAGCCUUUUUGCGAGGAAGCGGGCAGAUAUGAUCAGAGUGCUGCUUAUGCUCCUCAGCGUGGUAAACAGGAUGGUGUUGAGGAUCAGUCAGAGCUGACUUUAUGGUUUGUGAAAGCUGAGCUACUUAUGUUAACAGGCUUUUUGAAGAUUAGAGUUGUGGUAAACAUACAUGUCAAGAGAGAGACAGUGAUAAAAUGGAGCCACAACACAGAGAGCAAUUACUGCAGCGCCUCAGAAAGAUGGUUAACCUGCUUGUUUGAAGGAUGAGAGGGGAGAAAAAUGAAAAGGGCAGCGGAGAAAAGUUCAUGUUGACUUAUUGGUUCUAGUUAUGUCCCCUCAGUGCAUAGCACAGUACAGUCAAUAAGAAUUGAUUUUGUUUGUCGCCCUGAGCUCUUUCUGCGCUUUAUAGCUACAGCUGGAGGAGCUCGUUGGGAAUGUGGACGCUGUUUUACCCACACUGAGGUCAAACCCUCCCUCAACACAUCAUCUCACUUUCCUCUUCUCCCUCAGCUCUUAAACGUCUUUCCACAUGUCCUCCCACAAGGUUUCCUGCCACCAGGUGCGGCUCCGCAACCCACCACCACCACUAACACAACCGCCAUCACCAGAGUAGCAGCCGCAUCACCAUAUCAACAUGCAUCUGCCCGACAAAUGAUCCACCCUCUCCAUGUUCUGGAGACAAAUACGCUCCCACCCUCUUUGCUGUCUCUCAGUUGUUUGAUUGAUCUGUCUGUCUCCACAUAUCUCAGCGUCUCGAGCGGAUGCCUUCAGUUUUAGGCAAAUUACAGGCUCGACGUAGCGGCAGCAGAGAUUUGGAAGGGAUAGGAAAGACUCAACUUAACGGAAGGAGUUGCCUCUGUCUGACGCUACCUACGUAAUCCUCUUAAUGUCAGUGGGAGUAGUUAACAGGAUGUACUUCCAAACUACUCAUCAUCACAAUUCCAGCAGAAUAAUCUCCUCAGACAUAAAAUCAAGGUGGAAACGAUACUCCGAGCUCUCUGUAAUUUUGCACAUGUGGAUUGACUCAUCUGAUGAAGUUAAGCAAAGUUUUUGCAGCGAUAAAACAUUAUCAUCAGUAACUUACAGAGAAAUCACUCUUUAAGAUAUUCCACUAAUCAGAAGACAGCUCGAUGAAAUUGCAUAUUUAAUCUAUUUUUGGCCUGGUUUCUCCCCGCUGCUUACUUUUUCUUCAUCCUGUUAGGUCACAGUUAUAAAUUACCUUUAUUAUGUUUCUGACAAAUGACAGACUCCACAAAGUUCAGGGAUGUUUUUUUCUUCACACAAACAUUUCUUUAGGAGUCAAAGUUCCAAAUCUGCUGUCAGAAGAAAUGAUUGAUUUCAGUGUGAAAAAUUGGUCGUAAGUAACAACAUCCUCUGCCUGCAUUAGUGAAAACAGAUGCAGGAACUACUCUUUUUCAGCAUUAUCUGCAGGACGUGACCAAUUUUGGCUUAUGAUUUAAAGCUCAUGAGUCGCUGGUAAAGUAUGAUGUCCAAAACGACGAGAGCUGUAAUAAAUCUCCAAAAAGUUCUGGGAAUCCUCUUCAGCUUCAGAUAUCUGUUUAGAGUCUUUGUUUGCAACAAAGAGCUAAUGUCUGUGUUAAUGUGCGCACAUGCACGUGUGUGUCUGUGUUUAUGUAGCUGAGUGUGUGUGUGUGUGUGUGUGUGUGUGUGUGUGUGUGUGUGUGUGUGUGUGUGUGUGUGUGUGUGUGUGUGUGUGUGUGUGUGUGUUAGAGAGAGGAGGCGGUUGUGAGGUAAAGAGAGGGGUCUGGGUUGCACAUGCCUCAUUUAGACAUCAAAGGCCCCUGCUGAUGAUUUUUCCUUAUAAUCCAUGCCUUUUGGUGCCUCUGCUCCCUCCAUCUGAAUAAACAAAGCCCGAGUGGUUCUCUGUGGUCUGGGAAAAGUCAGGUGAUUGCAGCACGUGAUUUGGGAAGGAAAUCGAUACAUCUUUAAUUUAUUCCACUAAAAAUCCCUUUUAGCAGCUCUUUUAUGUUGUUUUCUGAGGAGCACUCUGAUUUUCAAGGGAUUUCAAAGCGGUAUUUAAAGCUGUAAUACGAGUCAUCUGCUGCUCUUUGAAAAUGAAAGGAAUACCUAUCUCGAAAAGAACUCCAGCCCGUUUUAUCUCAAGAAGCAAACAUGUACAAUAUGUAAGUCUCACACCAAGAGAAGCAAACCCUGCUUGGCUCCCUUUUGAUACGGAGGAAUCAAUAUUGCAUGAAUCGCACUGCCUCUGUAUUCCCAAUCGACCAUUAUGCCUCCCCUCCCCAAACAGCGCACAUUACCCACCAUCAUUUAGCAAACCCCUGGUGUGAGCCACUGUCUGACCCCUUCCCGGCUCUGCCUGCCCAUGUCCAAGCCUCACUCUCAUGCCAGGAGCCAGUUUGGCAGCCUCCUGGCCUGUAAUAUAUCUGCAGGAGCAGCAUUCCUCUGGGGCUGGCCUGGAUCAAAUGGCAGUGAUUUCCCAAACAGAGGCACAGAGAUGGGAGGCCUGACCCAUCCUCUGAUCUGCUACUUGCUCUAAUCGCUGCAGGUCAGUGGAUAAAUGGUGGUUCUCAACCCCCCUGUGUCAUGUUAAGGCUCCAGAUCUGCAGCCGUACAUCCAGCAGUUGAGCCAUUUCAGGAAAACAUGAGGUUAUCUGAGCCACAGUCGCAAUUUUAUUUACAGAUGUUUAUUUAUUUAUUUUGUUUACCCAUCUACAGUUUAAUAUUUUUCUGGACUUCAUAUCAAACACAGUAUAAAUCACAAGUAAAUCUGGUGUCGACAGUUAAACAGCUUUAAUAAUGCACCAGAAAGACUGUCAUAGUUCUGAGCUCUUUGAUUCUUUUGUCACCAGUCAGUCAGAUAAAACUGGACUUUUCAGAAACCUAUCGCCUAUAUAAAAAAGUCUACCAUUAUUCUGGUGUCUGUCUGAAAGACAUUGUUCUUUUAGCUGAGUGCUAUCAUAAGCAUGCUUAAAGGUCAACAAAAACAAUGCUCACUUUCUGAUGUUUACCUGCUCUAAUUUCUUAAAAAUUUACCGUAUUUGUUUGUAUUUCUAUGUGAAUGUGUUGGAGGGUGAAGUUCUGCAAGAAUUCAAACCAAAGUGUAAAAUAAAUUCAUUAUUUAAAGUUCAUAGAAGUUUUAGUGUGAACCUAAGUGGAGAUGAUUGCCACUAACAUGAGGUAAAGUGAUGUAGACCAGAAAUUUUAACUCAUGUGCUCACAUCAGCCUGCCGAGAGGAUUUUAGUCCGACCAAAGAUAAAACUGUUCACCAGAUCAUUCACUCUUUUGGUACCGCUCAUCAAACUCUUCAGCCGUUACUGUAUCAGUCAGUAAUCUCAGGUGUUUGUCAAACUAAGAUUGCAAAAAUAUAGUGCAAAAUCAAAAUAUAGUCUAAAACUUUUUCCAAUUAUAGUGUAUGUAAGGUGGACGUUAGUGUUUGGGUUGAAGUUUUUCAAAAAUGAGCGGCAGAGCUGACCCAGUUUAUAGCCUAGCCUCAAUGUUGGUUCUUCAGCAAAGAAAAAAGGGGCCAAGCUGACUGGGACCCCCUGUGGAUAAUACAACUACUAUUGACAAGUAACUUAUACAACCCUCCUUCAAAAAGACCGAACUAUCUCUUUAUUGUAGUUAUCUGAAGAUGAGUACAUUUACCAGAGCCGGUGAGUUUGGUCAUGUUUGUGGGGGUUUGCAGACACAGUCAGUUGGGAUCUAAACCAGAGCUCCUAAAUUUGGCGGAUUUAUUCAUUUCUAAUCCUUCACUUGAUGCUUGAGUGAAAUUGUUCCCUUGACAACAAACCAAAGUAAUGAAAACAGAUUUAUCAGCAGUGAAUGGAGUUCAGCGUCUGCAGUCACUGUUUUAUACUUUCUUAAGGUUAACAUUAGGCAUAAACAGACUCUGACUCUUUUUUACGAUGUGAUUACAUUUUGUUGCUCCCUUCAAGAGCAUUUGGCUUCAUUAUAUGUGAUUAUGAGCUUUGAUGCGUUUUCAGGGGAAUAAAACAUUGGCUUAUCAAUUUCAUUUUGUGCAUCAUUAAUAAAAGAGCCCCGUCCUACAUAGAGAUAUUCUGUAAGUACAGUGUAAGGUGUGCUGGAAAUAUUUCUUUACUAAUGCUUGCUGGUCCGUGCUUUUUACCACACAUGUCAUGAAGUAACAUAGAUCAUUGUUUUAAAGCUCAGCAGCAACACUGUACACUUCGAUUUGUCAAGUUUAACUGCCCUGAUGCAGCUAAACCAAGUUAUAUGUUUAAAGAAACACACACAGCAGUUUUUAUUCACAGUUGUACUCCUCAGUACAUGAGAUCCAUCCAAAAUAUCCUUAAUAUAAUCAGGGGUGACAAGGAUUCGCAGUGGACGGUUUGCCCCUCUGAGGCACAGAGAGAUAAGAUUCACAGUAAAAGUUGGCUAAUAUCUCAGACCUGACAGGAACUCUCUGGGCAUUUACAAAGUGUGACUUUAGUAAACCUGUGCUGGUUUGAAUAACAUCAAGAAAAGCCGAGGAAAGAUGGAGGGGUGGAAAGAGGCGUGGGGUGAGGGGGGCCCCGCUCUUUGAUGUAUAGGAUUGAGAUGUGAUGAGGUCUGUUCAAAGUGAGUACAAAGUAGUGUUAAGAUGGAAAAAGCAAAUGCAGCUUUAGUCAGGGUAGAGAAGCCAAGGCAGCAAGAGAUGAUGAAGAAAUGUCCUGUCUCACCCCAAACGUAGGCAAAGAAGAUGAAACGUUAUCUGACAUUAAAUAUAGAUGCUUCCUUGUAAAGGUGUCUCGGCUUUAAAAAUCCACUUUUGAAACCUAUAAAUUUUAAAACUCAGUGUGUGCACUAGCAGAAAAACAUAAUCAGCCAUCAUAUUGUCUCAGGUUUGAAUAUUUAAGUAACACUCACACACUUUAUUAAGACAUUUAUAACAUAUCCUUUUUCAGGGGGAAUUGAAUAAUUAAUUCUGUUUGGAGAAAUCAGGAAAACAUCUUUACUAUCUGCCAAAGACUCUGACAUCAACUGAAACAACAACAGAGAAACAACAAGCAGUACUCAGCGUGAGGAUAAGGAUGUGCAGAUAAUUUCAUACUGUGAUUGAAUCACAUUUGUGUCUUUGUUUCUGUCGACAGAUGAGGAAAGAGUAGAGAGUAAACAUCUGAAUCUGCCAUUCUGCAGAUCAGCUGAGUCAGUGUUUGAAUUUCAUCAGGUUCCUGUGUGAGUGCAGAAACGGGAAAUGCACUUUUUACAAGACAGCUAAUGGUUAUUAUUUGAUUUGAAGGGCCAGUGAAUUGCCAUUAGACCUUUCUAUAAAAACCUCUCUUUUGCUUGUUGAGAGUUUGCUAAGAAGAAUAUCACUCUUACCUCUGUAUACUAAAAUAUACAUUUCAAACAAGCAGAGUUUUUAGCUCAGCGUGAAGUGGGAUCAGCUGGGCCGGAUGGGUUUUAAGACAAAAGAAACCAACACUAGUAUCUUUGAUGACUACUGAAUUAAGGUUAAACUUAUUUUUCAAUCAAUUACAAAAAUGAGUUGAAAAAACAUUCAUAUUCAUCAAGGAAAAAGCCAAAAUAGAGUACACUUUUAUGUUAGCUUACACUGUUUUUGCUCCUUUUUCUCCUGUCUAAUCUUGACGCAAAGUUAAGGUAACCUGCCAAUGGUUAUAUGUUUAUAUUUAGAGUAGAGCUGUUAACAUUGACCUGUGGUUAAGGUCUGAAUUUACACUUUUCUCUCAUCACAUACCACUAUAGCAUACCGUAAAUUAAGCCUUCUGUUGGCACCAUGAUGGAAAUAACAACAGCACUGCAGUUUUGAGUGGCACAUUUCACUCCUCAAUUUCUUAGUUGGGCCAUGAGUAAAAUGUACUUAGUGUUAAACAACAAUGAAAUAUCAGCAAAAUAUUUCAAGUUGGAGCCACUACCUCCACACUAAGCACAAAGGUGCAGCUAAUCAGACUGAUGUCAGUGAGCAACAGUAAUACAAAAGCUGGCAGAGCCAGAAUUUGGAGCGUGUGAAUCGCCACAAACCUGUGGAUAAAAUAAAAUCAAAGAAGUUCACUUCAGCGCUUGUUAAAUGUGUGGCAACUGACAGCAGACCAAUCAGUACUUAGGAAGACCGGUGUCCUUGGGUUGGCAUGACCUUAAAGCUCCCUCCUACCUUGAAGCCAUCGUUUCAAACCUCACCAAUGUGACAGUGAAGCAUUUAUUUCAAUGAUAAAAAAGUAAAUCAAGAUCAGAAAGUGCAUUUCAUUUUAUUGAUUUGAGUCCCAAACCAAGACUUUGUGAAGAAUUGCAAAAUGAAAAAAAAAAAAAAAUUUAAGUAAGAUAAUAAAAUUUAAAACAAGCCAUUAAUCACAACAAAAAAUGUUUGACAGCUGUUGUUUGAAAACCAGAUAAUACAGUAAUGUCACAUUAUAUUACAUCAUGCUUGUUUAGCCUUCAGCUCACUGUGUUGUACUCUGUUGUGGUUCUCCUUUUCAGUUAUUGAUUGUUUCAGCUGCAUUAGAACUUAUACUAUGUGACUCUGAUUUAUUUUGCCAGAUACUGGACUCCAAAAUUACACUAAUACCAGAGAGAUGUCUUAUUUUAAAGACUGAAAUAACUUUGAAACACAACCAUCUGAACAGCUUUCUACAACCCCCUCUGUUAAACUCUACAUAGGAGACAAGAGUCCAGCCUCAGCUUCUAGACUCCUCCCAAUUAGACUAAUGUUUGCAAUAUAAAAAAGAAAUACAGUUCCUCCGCUCUGAAUGAACAAAAUGAUCUGAUCUUUCAGAUUUUGAAUUACUUUGUGCAUGCUGUGUUUUCACAUCUCGCUAAUCUUGUUAUAAUUUAUUCAUCUUUUAGGGAAAUGAUACUUAUUUGUUUUUGGAGAUGUUGCAUUGUUAUUGAUGUGGUUAAAAUUACAAUUUUGGGGGGAGUUAGUACAUCAUUACAGUAAGUCUCUAAUUUUCAUAAACACACAAAUGUUUUUGUCCAAAAAAAAGGAAACUAAUUGUGUAAUUUUCAGAAAUAGCCGCAGCUAUCUGGUUAGUCAUAACUGGCACUUCAUCAACUUUUUUUUUUGAAGUUUUGUAAGAUCUGGUUUAAUCCUGGGUGUAAACAGAAGGAGCAUAAUUUUCUCUCUUUUAAGAGGUUUCGGUCUCAGUAGGCUGAGAUGUAUCCAGACUCACCCCUCCCAUUGAAACAGUUUAAAGAUCUGAGCUGUUGUCUUCCAUGCACCUGUGAGGAGAGUUAUAAUUACAUGUGAUUCACAUGUGCAGAUUUAUGUAAUGUUAAACUGUUAUUGAGUCAGCUCGUUGAUGAAACUGCACUACCUUAAUCUCAAAUAAAGUAAAUUUUGAAUGUUUCUGCCUCUUAAUCUCAUGAAGGUGCAGGUUACAGAAACAGUCCGGGGCAGAAACCGUUAACUGCCGCUGUCAUCGCCGUCAGGAUCAUGUUGGUGCUUCUUGUUGUUGUUUUGUUUGGUUGGAUCACUGCCCUCAUUUUUCUCUGUUGCAGGUCCAGUGAUGAAGCUGCAGCAGAGAACUCCUCGCCGGCGGGGCCAGCAGCCCAAGCUGCUCAACAGCCCUGAAGACAGCCUGUACUACAACCAGCUAAAUGUGAGUUCAAAGUGCCGAUAAAGGCCUUUGUCUGACUUUGGUUCCACAUGAUAAUACAAUUAAACCUACCUGUGCCAGACCCUGGAGCCCCACCCCCACGCUUCUCUGCCUCUUGUCUUGAACAUGUGCUUAUGCUCUUUAUCUGUUGCUUUCAUGUCAGGAUGUCUGCCUUCACGGUGAAUAAUUGAUGUGGUUUAUCAAAGCUGAGCAAGAUGCAUGCUUCAUCAGACUCACUUGAGCCCUUUGAUCAGAAAAAAUUAUGCUGUGACUUCUGAUAUUAUCAGCAUCUGCUCGCAUUCAACACAAAAUCACUUUGAAUUAAAAAUUAAUGACUCUCUGCUCAUCUUUUGACUGUGUGCUCUUGGCCCUUUCCUCAGAGAACCAUGGAUUACCAGGGGAGCAAGAGGAAGCCGAGAAAACUUGGGUAAAUAACUGCUUUCCUACUUACAGCGGCUCUAAACAGAGCAGGCCCUUUGUGGAAUAGGAGAAUCCAGAAAUGGAGUUGUUUUCUUACAAUGUAAAUGGAGAGACGAAAAUAACAGGCUUUUAUGAGUGCUUGCUCUGCGUCAUUAGAGAGGGGGUUACUUAUAAAGGCUUUGUCAGCAUGCUAAUUUUAAUUGUUGAAGGUCUGACUUGUAUUUGUUCUAUAAAUGACAUCCUGCUGCACAUCAGAAAGCUUAAGAAACCACUUCAUCGCUGCAUCUGCAAAUAUUAUUUUGAUUCUUAAAAGUCUGCUUCUCCCCAUCAAGCCUGCUCAGUAUCCCAGUUUCUUCUCACUCGUCUUCUCUCCCAUCCCAGUCAAAUCAAAGUGCUGGAUGGAGAGGAUGAGUACUACAAAUUACUGUCAACUGUGGACUCCAUCCCCGAGGAAGUACGCGACCGCCCCCCCUCCCACCCUUUCUAGCGGGCCUCUUGUCAGUCAGAGCUGAGCCUUACAACCAUGUCAACCGGUAAGACAGACACUGCAGACAUGUAGACAGACACUCCAAAGAACAUGCUCAGAGUUGGAUGUGCUGGGAUAUGUGGGGCAAGCAGAAGCAGUGCAGAAUAAGCAACCUGUACAUGUGAUGCCCUGAGCUCUUCUUCCAGACAGAGUUAACAGAAACACAUUUCUCACAUUAUCACAACAGUUCUAUACAAGCAUGAUUAAUGCUUGUUUGAGGUUGGGCUACAUUGUUUAACUUCUAUUGUCCUGCAGUUCGACAAUGCUGCCACUCAAUGUGUCCAAACAAGAACGCUAUUGUACCACUUGUGCACCAAUUUUCAGAUUAUUUACCAGCUCCUCUGCCAAAUGGGGCAGAUGUUACAUUAAUGAAUAAAUGAAUGAUGAUAGAGGCACUACAAAGGGUACAUCAUCACUGUAUGUGAGGGUUUCAUUAAUAAAAACAUUUUUGCAAAGUCACUUAGCAUCAUUCAUAGUUUACAUGUUGUUGCAUCAGCUGUUUAGUCUCUAUGCCAGGGAUGCAGUGAACAAAUAUUUCUCUACGUAGCCAUUUUUGUUUCAUUGAUUAAAUUUUUGGUCUACGUAACAUUAAAAAUGACAUAAGUGUCUCCUCUGGUGUAGUCUAUUUCAACGUAUAAAUAGUUCAAGUUAAAUUCUAAGAAAAAAAAGAACUACUCUUAAAUAGUUUCAGUUUUGUUCCACAUCUAGGCCCCUCAUCUUUCAGGCAUCUCAUGUUUAACAUCUACUCACUCUUUAACAUCACAUCUAUUGUCUGAGAUAGAUCCAGAGACAAAUCCUCAUGAAACCCCAAACUCUCAGUGCGAGUUCUCCCUCAGCGAGCCGCCUGCAGUUCGAGGGGCUUUGUGCUGUCUGAGAGCUGGAAUCACCGCACAUAGCCUCACAGACGCAGAGCUAGACCUCACUUUGAAUUUCACCCUAAAUACAGGAAUUUUCUUUUAAGAUGUGAAGUGUCGGAAAUGCAGGGCUGGCGAGUUGAUUUGUGGAGCUUUUUUUUUUCUUUUCAAUUUGCAUAUCAUUUACUGCAUCUCCCUUUGUUGACACCCGAGGGCCUGCGAGGAGAUUUUGAUCUUAAUAGGAAGAGUAGGGUGGUAUGACUGAGGAGCUCAUCCUCCUUAUACUCAGCGGGGAAAACAUUAGAGCUCUGCCUAGAUAGCGAGACUGGCUGCACUUAAGUUCAGGUUCACAGAGAUCCUGGUGGGUUUAAAGAGGCCCAAGAGCUCAUCAGAUCCCAGCGCUCAGGACCAAGGAGGUCAGACUCAGGUCCAGACUCUGUGGACUGGCUCAUCACCUAUAUAUUAAUGGUUACAUAGUCUACCUUUUUAAGCGUGCAAAAUAAAAAACAUCUUUGUGAUAUUUAAUGUAACUAAAACAAGGUGCAAGGGAAAUUUAAAAUGAUUCCUAGUCCUCUGUUUUAACACAUGACUACUACAAAGCUUGUUGUGGACAUGUUACACUUCCUUAAAAGUAAUAAAACCUCUGAAUGUAGCUAUCCAACAGUUUUUAAAACUCCAUUACAAGUCAAAGUCCUGCAAAUCUGUCUGAAAUCAAGUGAAAGUACAACUUCAUGAGAAGAAAAUUAAAAUUUAAAGCAGAAUUUUAUGCUAAAAAUGAAACGAUCAGUCCUGCGUGAUUGUCUACUCAUUAUUUUAUUAUUUUUACAGAUGCAUGGAUGCUUUUGCAGCAUUAUGACCCAUCUAGUCAAGUUGGAGCUACUGUAACGUAAUUUAUCACUGGAUUUACUCAGUAUUAAUUGAUUAUAUUAUAAAAGUCAUUUAUUAAGCAUAGAAUAAGAUCAAUUGUAAAGAUACUAUAGUAAUCACAGCUAUUAGUUAAGUGUGAAAAAGUGUAUAUUGUGGUACUGUAGUGAAGUGAAGGUAUAGAGUUAAAAGUAAAAUGGAAAUAAAAAGGUAGUGUACCUGAAUAUUUAACCAACAAACACUACAAACACGAGAAAAGCCAUUAUUCUAGAACGUUUGAAAACAGCACUCAGAAAAUUUGCUUUUUGACAUUUUUUCAUGUCACUACAGCUGGGUUUUCUGAGGUUUGGUUCAACCCCAUCUGUAGCUGCUUUCUCUCCGAGAAUACAAAAUAAUAAUGAGAGAAAUCAGCUGUUUUCAUGAUCAAAUAAGCUCACAUAAUUAAGCUACAUCUCCUAUAAAGCUCUAUUUUAUACCAUAUGUUUUCAUAUUGAACUCUGCAAAAAAAAUUCAAAGAGUAAUAGCCGCGACCAGUGGCAGUGUUAUAAUGUGGUGUCACAGUUAGUUCAGAAGCAUUUCACCUCCGGUCGUAGCCACAGAUCCUGCCAUAAUUAAAAUCCUGGUUGUGCAUUACUCCCUUGCUGGGAUAGUUGGCUCCUCUGAAGAGCUGUCUGAAAUAGGUCACCCCAGCACCCUGUAGUGCAUCUUAAAAGUACACUGAAUCAAUUAAGUGUGAUCAUGCUCCCUUGAUUAUUUUGGCCCUGUUUUUUUUUCAUGGAGAGGAAUUUCAAAUAGGCUCACUAGUUUGAAUAACAAGGUUGGACUGUGGUGACAAAUGGUUCCAGAGUGGGUGUUUCUUCCCCUGUUUUUCUCUGCCAAAUUAACUCCCUGGCUGAUUGCCUGCUUUAGCAUAUGAGAGGAGGUGAGCGGAGGUGUGUACAUAAUUGCCUUGGUUAGCUGAUUAUGUGUUGCAAAAGGCAAAUGUUAUGAAAUCCUGUCGUCAUGAAUGAAUCAAUGCUUGUGGGUUUGUUGGACUUCUAGGUUUGCAGGCUGGAUACUAACUUCCUUCAGUGCGAUGGCGGUUUCUCUAAGCCUGACACCUGUGUUUUCUUUAAUACGUCUCUGUAAAUCCAGCUCCCUCUUGUUUUUCCUCAUUAAAUCUGACAACAUCUGGUGCACCAGAGAGGACUGCUUUAAUGUGGCUAACGUUACUGCUGCUGUUAUUCUUGCCAUUUUAGCUAUUUGCUUCAUGUGCAGCACUUUCAUUAGGCGGCCCCCAAACACUGUUAUCAAAGUUUAAAACCACCCUUAUGAAAAUCAGCCGAGCUGCAGCCUUAACAAAUGAUGAAAAGCUUUUAUUUUCCAAAGAAAAUACUUACCUUUUCACCUAAUAGUGAUGUCUCACUUCAAAGAGCGAGCACGAUUAGGCCAACAUUGUCCUGUUUCUAUAUCCUUUGAGUUCAAAGGGAGGGUUUGAAUACCUGCAUUUCAUGGGAAGCCUUUUCAAAUACUGUUUUAAUGCAGUUUAUGUGCUUUUGGAAUCCAGAUGUGUCAGUUUUCCACCACAGUGGGAAUGUAUCACGGUAUUUGAUUGCACUCAAAGCUUAGGAGCAAAAGAAUUAACUCCUAGGUUUGUUUUAUAGUAGUUUUUGUUCCCACCAACUUCAGAAACUGAGAACAAAGCCAUCUUUAAUAGUUACAGAGUUAGCAUUGUGCCGCUUUUUGACAGCUAAUGAUUGGUGCCAAAGGAAGCAGUAGACGUGAGCAUCACCCACAUGUCAUGAGUGCGCUGAGAGCUCUGCGUAAAAGGACGCUACGCAAAGACAGAGUUAAUAAAAAGAAACUGGUCAAGCCGGCGAGGGACAGAGAGAGUGAGAGGCACAGAGGAAGGAGGAGAUAAAAGAGUCUGUUGAGUACAUACAUCAAAGGUCUCUUAAUGACAAGGGAUGCCAUUAGGGUUACAGUGGCUUUUGUUUCUGCUUCCUAACACCUGCAGUUUGUUGAGGGCGCUUCAUGCUCUGUUUUGUUGUCAACAUUUGCAUGAAUAUAAAAUGCAUGCAAGAGGUGAUAAGAGUUUGUUCUCAGCUGCUGAUCUUAGUGCUGACCAAAUGUUUUGGUCAGAAUUGCGGCUUCCUUUCAUUUGCAAAACAGAGAUGUGAAGGAAAAGGAGAAAAUGCCUUAAAUGGUACAAUAGAAACAGUAUGGAGAAACUGUUAUCCUGUACAGCAUGAAAUUUAUUGACUUAAAAGUUUUCCCGGUGCCUCCGGUGUUGGAUGGGAUUCGACAAAUCAGAGCGUGAAAUUGUGAUUAGCCUUUCUCAGUUUGUAGACCGAGCGGGGCACCAGCAGACUUGGCAUGGCCAAAGGUGUAACCUGUUUUGUUUUGCCCGGUGCUUCUUUCCCAGAUGGUAGGACCAGCUGCCAUUGAAUAAACCCUGGACCGGUAACAGCGUGAGAAUUACCACGGCCUUGUUUCAGUUUGGGAUGUGUUUCAGAAAGCUUGUCUUUUUGUCACUGCCAGGAGGAGCAGGGGUGAUCCACCUGGUGUUAGACCGAAAACUGUAAGAAAGUAACGUCUAGUUGGUGUCUUAUAAUUCAUCCAAAAGGUAACGGGAUAUGUGAAGGGUAUUUCCAAAGUCCUCUGAUUAGAUCAUUUUCUCAUCUCGGGAUUUUUCCCAUUUCUCCUUUUUGAUAUCUUAAAUUUGUUUGAUAUUGAUGCAAAUAUCACAAAUUUUAGGGCACAACAGAUUCAGAUUGUCUUGAUUUAGAUAUGUAGCAGUCAGUUUGAGUAUAGAAACACAAUAUUUUACAUGUUAUCUAAAGAGAUUGAGGUCAGUCUUUCCACAUUUUUGUAGUAUUAGGUGAAUUCUUUUGUUGAAAUAUUAACAGAAUAUAAGACAAUCAAAAAACACCUUUUAUCCCAGUACAACUUGACACUUUUCCUUGUGUUAAAAACAUUUGAAUCAGAAAUAUGUAAAUAGCAUUCCCAAAUGUUUUAUGACUAUUUAAUUUCCUUCUAUUUAUCUGUUUUUACUGAAGCAAGAGCCAACACCUUGUUGUGAACAGUUGGAGUGUUUGUGUACGCCAGUAGUUCAAAUUUCCCCAAAUUACAUCAUUUUGUACCAAAAUUUGUAAGAAGCAUGCAGCAGCUCUCGCUUAAAUGCUUUGGAGCAAUAACACCUGGAAAGGAGUCAAUAAAGUUAACUUUUUAAAAUGUUAAUAAAUAGGAAAACUAAACCACCUGUUCCUAAAAGCUCCAACAGUCUGAACGUUUAUGGAUAGUUUCCUCCAUGGCUCUGCAGUAUAAACGAUGAUUAAAUAAUGAGGUUGUUUUAUUCUAUUUUUCUUGGUCGAGCACUGCAGGCUGUAAGCUCACACAUCAUCAUAGAAGGGGAGAGUUUCCCUCUUUAGGGCUGGAUUAUUGCAGUCAGGGUGGGCUUAGAGAAGGUAAAAUGACCUGUCCCGCCUUACUUGACCCCAGGCCAACCCUGCACACUGCCAAGGCUUUGCUCUUUGCCCUUGGGUAUGCAGAGAUCCCCAGCUUCAUACACUCGGAAGAGAGGGGGAGAAAAAAAUUGUAUCACAUUGCAGGGAAAAUUAGUGAGACCAAAGUUGGAGUUUCUGUGUGUUGGGGGCUGCGAACAAUGGCAGCUUUCUGUCAGACAGCAACUUCAAAGGUCUGCUGAGUGACUGCUCUGAGUUAUACUUUGUUGUAGAUCACUGAGGAAAUUCACAGAUGUUUUCUCAUACGAGACACCAUUAUAGCGGCUCAAGUACCCAGUAGCCUCAAGCGUCUUUCCCUCUCUCCCCCCUUUCUCGCUCUCUCUCUCUCUCCCUCUCCCACACACUCAAGCGCACUCUCACUCUCACACAUGCACUCCCCACCCCUCCCAACAUCACCCCCCUCCAACUCUCUGAUAUCUGUUGUAUGAGACAGAUGUGGAACCUGUUUUCUCUCUGACUGUCCGAAGAAUAUGGAAAGUUAAAAAGAGGUUCUUGUCGUGUCAGAUCUGCAGCCCUCACUGUCAGAGUGUCAAAAUUUCAAGAAGACAUUCAGCUCUGCUUUCUAAGAAUCAUUUAGUCUUGAUAUAAUAAGAGGAAAAAUCCUCAGCCAAAAAGGAUCAGUGAUGAUGAAGAUAAUUUCAGUGCUGCAUGAGUGAAUGCUCUUCUUCUCUCUCCUAUGCAGAUUGCCUUCUUCACCUUUGA